AGGAAAACUUUUUUGGGGAAACUUGAAGAGAGCUGUAUGAUCAGGGAACUACGGGAUGAGAAGCGUCUCCGUCUGUUUGAGAGUCUGAACGGUGAAGUCGUCUUUCAGCUACAAUGGGACUCCCUACUUUGGAGUUCAGUGACUCUUUCCUGGACAGUCCGGACUUCAGAGAGAGACUCAAAUGUCAUGAAAUCGAGCUGGAGAGGACAAAUAAAUUCAUCAAAGAGCUCAUCAAGGACGGGAACAUGCUCAUCACCGCGCUCAGGAGUGAGUAUCCCCGGCGCGCUCUUUCCCACUCUCACGGCUCCAGAAAUCAGCUGUAAUAAGUGCAACUACCUGAAAGCCACAGGCGGCUUGUAAUUAGAGGAUGCUUCCUUCAUUACUGCUUAUUCAAGUCCACUGUGUGAGUGUGUGAAUGGUCCUGCCCCUCUUUGAAGUCUGAGGAUCCCCGUGGUCUCCCAUUGGGAAGCGUUUAGACUGAAAGGCUUCAAAUACAAAAACACAUAGAAGGAAAUAAUCAUCAGUAUUCUCAGGUUGUCCUGGGUCCUCUAAUCACAAGAGCACAUGCUGACAUAUGGAGAACAUUAGAGUAGGAUAACACAAACUUCACUUCAUUCAUAGGAGGUGAUGCUUUUACUUCUACUGAAUAAAAAAACAGGCUGCUAUUUUUAAUAUGAAUGAAAGCUGUGGGACUGUCCCCGCUCUUUGACACGGGUCACUGUCCUCUCAAAUACUCAGUUCAAUCCCAAAUUCCUCCACAGUGAUUAAAGUUGCACUUCCUGCUCGGCUGUGUCCCUGUGGGGAUGAGACUUGGGUCUGUUACCCUCAGAAGUGUGUCUGUGAAAUGGAGAGAGAUUAGAAAUAUAGGCCUAAUAAAUAUGGAAAAUAGCUGGCCUGGAAUGGGACGUGUUACCCAUUACUUCUUUCAUCAUUCAACCUAGCAUGAUUCUGUCAACCUUCACUGUGAGGAAGGAUCACUCUUCAUGCUGGUUUCCCCCUCUUCUCCUCUCUCUGCAUGUCCUAGACAUGUUUCUAAAGCUAUGUUCAGACUGCAGGUCAAUUCUGAUUUUUUUAGCCGUUUUUUAGUCGACACUUAUCUGAUUUUUUCAUGUAAGUGUGAACAGGUCAAUUCUGAUUUUUUAAAAUCUGACCCAGGCCUCUUCUGUAUCUGGAUAUAAAUCGGAUAUGUAUCCGAUGUGAGUGCAGUGUGGAUGCUCAGAUCACGUUUAUCCGACCUAUACGUCUUCAAUAUGCGACAAACGUCACCAUUGUUCGACAACACAAACAGGUGCAGAAAGCAAUUUGUGCUUUGUGUGCAUGCGGGUCACUUCACGGACGCAUUCCGUUUAUAUUAGAUGCUGCAUUCGUUGUUGUAAUGUGAACGACCGCACAAAAGAACCGGCAGUGUGAACGUAGACUAAAGGUCCUUUCACACCGGGACCGUUUUUGUUGUGCGGUUAUUUAUUUAUUUUUUUUUGAACCCGUAUCCUGUCAAUACAAGCGUUCACAUCAGCGACGUUUUCCCGCCCUGCGAUAUUGCAACAUUUAUUUUUUCGGAUCACGGUCGAUUUUUCUAAAGUUUCACAUACUGUGUGUCCACUUCCGACCAAUCAGAUUGUAUGUUGUUGCGAUGUCUGAUUCGCCUCUUCAAACUUGGAGCUAAUUGUUUCAGCAGAACUUCAGAUUGUCCAAUAGAGGUCCGAACAUAGGUUCUGAAGCGACCGUGGUCCAGUUUCAGUUCUCUUCUUUUUUGUAAUAUUGGAUGCACACAUGUGCUAUGUUUCUAUUUCUUUUGAGAAAGUAAAAGGAAUUCCAAUUCGCCAUCACUUUAUGUUGAAGUAGACUCCAUUUUUGUCUUCUCGCCGGGACACUGUAGGAUGGUAAGAGAAGGUCCCGACCUCCUUCGCCUCUGAUUGGCUAUAAGUUCUGACCGUUUGGCUUGAGCGUGUGAUAACGUUUCCAGCUUUUCUAGCCAAUCAGAGGAAAAGUCUUCCCCGGGAUUCACGUUUUCCCCCCCGGAAGGUCACAAAAUCGCAUAAGGCUUGAUGUGUUUAGUCAGGUGCGUCAAAAUUCGCCUCUGAAUAUUUUGUAAUUUUGCGUUCUAUAUUCGUUCUAUAUUAUGGUCGACUCAAGGUCCUUCUCCCACGCCGAUAGAUGAGAGAGAGAGGGUUUUCUUUAGAACCUGUCAAUAGUACACUGUAAAGAUAUUUGACCUCUGCCCUGAAAGUGGUUCACCAUAAGAUGUUUAAUGGUAGAUAAUGACGGUUCCAAGGUAGUUUUUAUCUGGGAGUAAAUAAAGCUUCUUAACUGACGAUACUUAAAGUGAUGUUUCCCAGGUAGGACAAAUCUGUCUUGUAGUUGUGUAAAAGACAUUAAGUAUCAGCCUUUUUCACAUUAAAGUGACAAACAAAAACAAAUCAUUAGUUUUACUGUGCUGGCUGCUGUGUCCACACUCGAUUUGAAGCAGGAUACAAUGAGGCAUGGUGAGUGUGAACUAAACUAUAGAUGAGGAUGUUCGUAAGAAAAGGUAUUUUUGUUGAGUUUUAUCGAGAAGAGCAACUGAAAAACCUUAAACCCAGUGAACUUGAGAAUCAAAUCCUCCCCUGAACAAAUCAACCAUCUAUAUUUCAGGCUUUACAUCUUAAUUUUCCCUCUAAAUCACUUCUACUGCUGUAAAUUAUUACACCAAGAUUUCACAAAGAAGUGUCAGCUGUACGAUACAGAUUGUAAAGGUGGAGUUUUUCUUCUUCCCUAUUUUAGUUCCACAUUUCUAUGAGUUUCAGAGACAGUGAGGAGGAGCACUUCUGAGGGCAGCUGAAGGCCAAAUCUAUUUCAUAGCUUUUCUGCAGCAAAAUAGUUGUGUCAGUGGGCAGGGCACCGCAGGUGGACAGUAAUACCCCGCUGAAUGGUUUAUUCAUGGAAGCAAGGACACUGAGUGGCGAAGAUGCCAAAGGUUCAUGCAGUUUAAUACUAAAUAAGACCUUUAAGCCCAGUUUUCAAGGCGUGUAAUAGAAAGGAGCAGACGAGACUUUGAUUGGGUUUGAUAAGUUCACGGUAGGAGGGGAACGGCGAAUCUGAGGUCUUAUUUAGAUGGAGUCUGGAGUUUUUUCGCGACAAAAAAGGGUAAAAUAGAGGAAAGCAACUUGAAGGGUUAACCAUCCUAGUGCAGGAGCCUUAAACGCACUACAACCGCAGCAGCAGCCGCCGCCGCCGCCGCCGCCGCCGCAGGGAGGUUUUGUUUCUCUUUUCCUCGUCGUAAAGAGGUGGACUGCCGUUAAGCUGGAAGCUGGGUUUGAGUGGAGGGGGAGUGAGAGUGCAGGAAGAGAGGAGAGACGGAAGUAAAUUAUUGAUGGUCUUAAACUCCUGAUGCCACAUAGGUUUAUGACCCUUUAUGACCCACUAUCGGCCGUGACAUUACAGGAAGACCUCUAAUGGACCCUUUUUUAAUAGUUAUCAUCUCAUGUUUCAGAAUUGAAUAUUGUACCAUAAUUCAUCCGUCAUCAUAUGUGCUGCAUUUUUCAUGGCCGUCGUCGUCACCUGGUAAAUGUUUCAGCGCAUAUGAGCAACUUUUUAUGAGGGCCGCUGCAUUAUUUUUGAAAACACACAAAUGCAACUGUGAUUUUUUUUUUUUUUAUCAUUCUACAUGUGGUUAAAUUUGAAUAGGUUGGUACUUGGUUGUUGUCUUAUCUCCUUUUCUGUAUAUCGUGCUGUUAUUUGUAAAUCCUGUGGAUCACUUUGCUUCACCAGUCGGUCGGUCAGUGGCUGGCACCGACUGCUCACACCUGGUGUAAAUAACAGCGGCUGACUUUCAUUAAUCCCUUUGUCUGGCUGCUGUAAUUGAAUACACUAAAAGCAGUAAUUAGCUCUUUGUGGGCAGAGUGGGGGAAACCGCCGAUAAGAGGCAAACAGUGAUACAUUUCAGAUGCCGCACCAAACUUUGUACACAGAGCACUUGGGCUAGUGGCCAGGCCUGAAAGUACCCAACAUGAGGGAGGAUGGUUGAAAAUGUCAGAUUCACAAUCGUGUUUCAUUUGUUGUCAUCCUGAUUUGAGGGAAAUGUUGAAUUAAACUUAGUAAUGCUGGGCGAUACGGCCUCAAAUCAAUAUCACGAUGUGUUGAGCAGUUUACCCCGAAAACGAUAAAUGGAUGAUAAAUUACUCCACAAGCUGCUCAUUCUUGCUCAUUUAUUUUUCUUGCAUGUUUUCCAACCGUUUUAAACAAAAAUUUAGUAUUUUGUUGUUUUUGUGACGUUUACCAUCAUGUUUUGUCUCCUUGUGGUUUUUGAAUCAUAUUUUGGCUGCUUAGAAUCUUUUUCUGCAUCUUUUGUGGUCAUUUUGAUUCACUUUGGAGUAGGGCUGGGCAAUACGGCCACAAAUCAAUAUCAAUAUCAUUGAGCAGGUCCUCGAUAAUGCUAAAUAGACAAUAACUACUCCACAAGCUGCUCACCCCCUCCCACUUUAACUUCGUCUACUUCAGCCGCUACGACUUUGAAACUGUCCCCCGUCUCCUCACCUGUCUUUACCUCUAUGUCUCUGACAUCUUAAACGGACAUGAGACCAUAGCCUACCUACACACAUCCAAAAACAACUUUUAUCUAUUGUUUUUUUUUUUACACUGAAUAUACCGAUAUGGGCAAAAUGACCUUGGAUCUGAUUGUCGUAAAUUUCGGUAUUUGUAAAUUUUCGUUUUAUCGCCCAGCUCUAUUAUUUAGUGAAGAAAAUUGAUACCACUCAUGCUUGUCAGAGCACAAAGAAAGCCUAAAGAAGCCAUAGAGCUCCACGUAGUGACUGGGUGCAGUGUAGGCCACAAACCCUGCCUCCCCCAUGUAAACAGAUGGAGCAUGGGUGAAACUUGAAGAUAUUAAAACAUCUUUCUCAAACAUGAUUUCUGAACAGUUGCGGGGGGGGACUGGUGGUCGCCCCAUCGUGAAAUACCCCGGUGUUAAAGGAGCCAGCCUGACGACCCUGCAGCUGUUCUGAUCGCACUCUUGGAGGUGCAACAGGCAGCAAUAAGCAGCUGGUCGCCUCUUACCUGCGCUUACAUCAUCAUACCGAUUUAUGUCCAAGUAUUUUUUAUUUUUUAACUGCAAAGUUCAGAUCUUUGAUUUUAAAAAGACUUGAUUGAUUGAAGGAUGGAGACUCCUGCAGCAUCCUUUACCGUGUCACCGGAGUAGAGGAAGAACAGCAAGAGAAAAUAUAAUGCAUACUGACGCAAGUGUCAUUGAACUAUUCAUAGACAUAAGUGCCCACUUCAAAUCAACACGAGAAUCCGCUCAGCUGUUGACCGUCCCCACCUGUGGUAUCGUUCACAUUUUGAUGGGGGGGUGAGUGUUAUGGUAAGCAAAAGAGGGGGUGACGUCAUUCCUGCUGUAGCUUAGCUGGUGUAAUAUGGUAGCAAGUUCAGAACUCAAUGGGUUUUCAGUCUAGUUUCACCAUCCGUUUGAUAUGUCUCUAAAGCUCCAUGUGUUUGUCUCAUUUGUUAAAGCUCCUGUAAGGAACUUUUUGUUUGUUUCCGUUUGGCGCCCCAAUAAGGAUUCCAGUCUGUUUCUCACAGCAGCUUUAAACUGUCCUGGAUGUUAGAGGUGUCACGAUACAACUUAUUUACUUACGAUACGAUUCCAUUAUUGUAACCUUCAAUGUUGACUGAUACCGAUGUUGACACAAACCUGUGCAUGACAAGUUUUUCACUCGGCUGCAAUGUCUUUUUUGGACUUAAACAAAAAAUGCUGCCACACAGCCGACAUCACUGCCACUCCUUGCUGCUUUGUGCACCUUAGUACACACUGAUGUUGUGAUUUUGUGGGCUCAGUUUGCUGGAUCUAGGUGCUGCUAGAUAGAGGUGCCGGAGCGGAGUCCCGAAUGGACUGCUUGUAUUGGAGAUUUUAGAUGCAGGCCAAUAUAAUCCGAUGUUUGUCCCCUACUGGAUGUCUUAACCUUUGACUGAGCCCACUUAAAACCACCCUAAAUCAACAUUUACCUGUUACUGUUACUCUGCUUGAUAUAAAUCCAGCCUGAGGAAAAUGAUUAGUUUUAGCCGCCGCUUAAAUCCAAAAUUACAUUUCUCCUUCGUGAGGGUGUCAGUACUUAAUGUCUCAGUCGAGAUUUUGGUGUCUUUUGCGAUUGUUUAACGGAUCAUAACACAUCUGCUUUGUGCCACCACCAGUAAGCUGCUUAUAGAGAUAUAAUCACUGAUAAAUGAUUACGCUGAAAAAGUAAAAGAAUAAAGAAGUAGAUGACGGUUUUAAAAGAGGUAGAAUCAUCUGUCAUCUAAAACAACGAUGAGGUAGAGGAGCCAUUCUUCCUUUAACUGAGGAUUAGUGUUCAGCUUCUGCAGACACUUCUGAGUCUGUUUGUAGUUUUACUGAGACAACGUCUGUGUUUCUUGUUUUUUCUAUUCUUCCUCUUGUUUACCUGUUUGGCAGCGACAUGUGCGGUUCUUCAUGUGGGAGUAUCAGAAGUGUGUUUCAGUUCUGCACUCACUCUCAGUCAUGUAGAUCAGAACCACCUGACUAAUGAAAGCGCCUGAAUGUCACUUCUGCUGCCGUGUCCCUCUCUGAUCUUCAGGUUUUUGACAACCACUUGUUAACUCGGCUUUUAGUCAUUUCACACUUGGAUGGUAAUGUACAGCAGGAAUGUGAAUGAGCUUCGGCUGGGAGAGCGGUCGCUGCACAAUCAGAGGGCGUCUUUAAAACCCUUUCAGUGGGUUUUCAGUAAAGGACAGCAAGAAGAGUUUAAACUGAGAUGAUGCAGGAGAGACCGGACUGAAAGCUGCACAAUGUAGGGCUGCACGAUUUUGGUCAGAAAUAAAAUCCAGAUUUUUUUAUUUUUUUAUUCACCAAACUUCACUUUAAUACAAAGUUUUUCUAUCAUCUCUCAAACGGAACCACUGAAAACAAUGUAGUUCAUAUGCCAAGCCAGUAAGUGGAGCUGCCGAGGAAAUGCACAAAAGACAGAAGAAGAGUACAGAGCAUGUGUAUAAAGGUUGUUUUGGCUGGACACGUACAAGCGCCAUAAAAGAGUUACACUGUGUGUCACAUGAUCGUUUCCAGAGAUGUAGAUAGACAUCCACACGGAGAUGAAAUGGUCGUUGUUUACAGAUUUAUUCACUCUCUGACCUGUUUUUUUACAGUCACCUGAAAUGCUGUUUCCGUGUGGAUGAAACGCCGAUACGACAAAAAACUUUAGCAUUUACUCCUGAAUUUGUUUCCGUGUGGACGAGUUGAUACCACCUUCAGACAGACUUUGCAGCGGCGAGUGGUUUGCUCUUCACCUGAAACUGUGAAGUUGGGCCCGACGGAUUUAUCGGUGAGCGUUAAAAACACUUUUCUAGUCCGAGUUUGAUUCAUGAUAAACACGUGGAAUAUCACUGAGUCACUGAGUAAAGUUGUUUUAGCAAUAAAAAGGAUUAGAAAUGAGUUUUCUGCCUUUAAUUCGUUGAAGAAGUGUUUGAAAGGCUCAAAAGCAGCCAUUUGUUAAAAAAAUAAGUAAAUAUGUAGGUAUAUUACUUAAAUUAACAACAUUUUAAAACUUCAUAAAAAAAUUUAAAAAAUCGUCCGAUUAAUCGGUAAUCUGAUUUUUUUCCCUCUUAUAAUCAGUAUCGACAUCGGCCCCCAAAAAUCCAUAUCGGUCGGGCCCUACUGUGAUGCUGUACCAAUUCAACACGACUGACUCGCUCUUGUCCUUUUUAACCACGAAAUUAUCGCCUUCUUUUACAAACGCCAUGUUUGUUUACACUGGUGUGUGUGGGAACUGGGGAGCGCUCCCACAGGAAGGAGGAAACAUGAUAAAGAGGAAAAUGGAUUUGACGAUUUUAACUUCAAUAUCGUCAUAUGUUAAAAUCGAUUAAUCGAGCAGCCCUACUUCAACAAUUGUUUUGUCGUGAAUCACAGCAUGGUUUGGAUCUGUAUGUAAGGACAGAAAACAUUGCUACAACACUCGUGUGCACUGAAGGGACAUAGCUGGUGGUUCGAGUGCAGAGAGUCCUCUGAGACCUGCUUAGCCUCAGGUAAGCCUUUAGGUGUUGGAAUUUGUCCUUCAGUAAAUAUUUGCAGGGAUUUGUGGGAAAAAAGAACCAAGUAUGACUGAAAACAGGCAAAACACCAGCUGAACAACACUUACAUGUUUGUGAGGUAGAGUUUAAUGAAAAUGGAGAACUGACAGGUCGUCCUAAAACAUAAUAAUGCUGCACAAAAGGACAUCAAUAUUUUCCUUUUCCAACCCUGCAGCGAUCUGAUUUUCCCUCCUGUAGUAAUAGCUGGUUUGGCAAAAAGCUGAAAUAUUUCUCCACAAAUGGAUCCAACUGGACCUGUGAAUGUGUCGAGCUCAUUUAAAAACUGUUCGGUCUCUGUGGAGUUAUUCGAGGAUAUUUCUGAGACAAUGUUGUUUUAUAUGGAGAGUCAUGAGCGUCCCUAUAAGCGUGUAAUUUUCAUAAGCUUUUUAUAAAUGCACAUUAAACUAGCAGACAGCCCGUUAUUAAACACAUCGGCUGUGUCACGCAGACUGAUGCUUUCUUCCUGGGAUACACGCAGUAAUGAACGGCUGACACAAAAGGGUGUUGCUGCGAUAAAAAAUUACAGUAUUUAGCCUGUAAACUGCAUCUUAACUUGCCUGUUAAUCCAGAGAUAUUUGUGUAAUUUAAUACAGCUAUAAUUACCGUCUAAUCUAAUUAAAAGAAGAAGUGACGUAAAUGCCUUUUUUUAAAAAGUGAUUUUCAGAUUUGGGAACGGAGUGUUUGUUUUUCUGAGGACAGAUGAUGCUCCCAAGGCUCAGCCACAGGAAAUGUCCUGUAAACACACUUGUAUAACCAUCCCCCAUCCUCCCUCUGAUAGCGCUGGGCUGAACAUGAUUCUGCCUCUGAGUGAAAGCCUCUGGCUGACUGUAAAGAAGGCUGCCUCUUGUUGCAGGAUUAUACCAUUUAUAAUGUAUUGCUGCCGGUUUCGACUGCCUUGAUGAAUUUGAACUCAUGUUAUGGAGAUGUAAUACAGAAAUACAUGAUGUGACUUGUUUGGUAACGAAGUGCAGCAGAGAGGAGGACAGCUCUGUGAGGGACACGGCUGUUUUUGCGGACAGGUUUUUGAUAAAAGGAUUCGACGUAAUUGUAAAAGCCGCUUCCUCUCAGACUGUGCGGGGAAAUGUGUUGGAGACUCCUGAUUGAGGUCCGCUCUGAAGUGACUGUUGUUGCUCUGUCAGUCAAAGUGAUUGUCACAGCGAGCACACCAUUCUCAUGCUAACAGUCGGCUGCUGCUUUUGUUGCCUCUUCAGACUGCAAAGACUAAAGUGAAGCGUUAGUGUCUCUCCUCCACGACAUAAAAAAUUCACCAAAACUCCUCUGCUGGAUAUGUUUAUUGAAUUAUUUAGUGUGUGUGUGUGUGUUGUCAUCCUUUUUUUUCUCUCAAUGUAGGUAAAAUGUCAUGCUCUCGAAGAGACGGAGAGUCACUAAGAUUUAAUUAUGAGGUUGAGCUCCAUUAAUACUUCCACAAUAAAAGCUUAAUUCAAAAGAAGUUAGGAUAGUAAAAGCUAAAGCAAGUAUUGAAGUAAAAUAUUUCAAAGUUUAUAAAAAACUACAUGCUCAUUUUCAGCUCGAUGCUGCAGAAAGAGUUGAGAUGGGGGCAUGUUUACCAAAGUGCUGCAUCACGUCCUUUCUUUGACAAUAUUCUGUUAAGGUUUGGGAACCCCAGAGACCAGUUUUGGAGUUUUAAAACAAACUCAUUCUUGCUUCAUGGAGGAUCGUAGCCGUCAGAAAAUCUGGAUUUCCUUUGACGUUUAUUUUUUGGUAUCAUGAUGCUCCGAAAGUUUUUAACGUGAUAAGUCAGGACUGCAGUCGGGCCAGUUUAGCACCUGGACUCUUCUACUACAGAGCCAAACUGUUGUAAUUGGUAAUAAAAUCUGUGAUCAUAAUUAUAAUAACAGGUGCAAAGUUGGAUUUGUCAUUGUGUUAACAGAAUAUGUAAUAUGCAGUAGGGCUGCAGUUAUCAAGUAUUUUAGUAAUCGAGUAUUCUACUGAAUAUUCCAUCGAUGAAUCGAGUAAUGGGACCCAAACAGCAGACUCGCAUACAGUGAGAGUUCUUACAUCACAAAUCCAAGCUCCGCCCCGGGAACUCCGCUAUGCAGGCCAGACUCGGAGAAAUAGAGAGGACGAUCGUGGAACAAGCGUGUGCGUUGGCGGAUUGCAAUGCUUGUAAGAAAGCUAAUUAUGAUAUUUACUUUCAUGUCCCCAAAGACAUUAAUAUCCGAGAGUUGAAUAGCUCCUAUGUUACCUGCUACUUCUACUUCAUCGGCAGUGUUAGGCUGUAAGCUACCAAAAAGAAGAAUAAUUAGUCACAUAAAGAGUCACAUUAGUACAGAAAUUUCUUUAGAAGAUCUUUAGCGAAACCUUAUCACAGUUGAGCUGUUUGCUCACGCACUCAGCCUCACUGGAGAGCCCCUUUUUAUACCCAGUGACGUUACGAACUUCAACAUCUGUUUUCAUCAACAUCUUUUUUCAUCCCCCUUCUUCUUUGUAACUUGAAUCAUACGAUCAUUUAUUCACGGGGUAAACGAUGUCGUCGUCCUGUGAUCUGAAUGUCUUUGACAUGUGUGUAGGUUUAGAGCGGCUCCUGUGGAACUAGCUGGCAGACGUCGACAUGUAAGAAUAUAAAUGACGGUGAAUUUAUGUGCCAGUUCAGCCCACACAUGACAAACUGAGACUUUGGACGGCUCAGUAGAAAGUCUCCCAGGAUGUCAAACGUUCUCGGCGUUUUGACAGCGGGGGGUUUGUGAGCAGUUUUGCACACGUCUUUGUUUUUGAAUCGUCUCACUUUAAAGCGUGUUCCUGGAUAAUUGGGUGUGCCAACACGAGAGCAAGAAGCUAACUCACAAAUAGAUGUUUUGUAAGUGUGAAGAUACACACCAGCUAUUGUUGCAAUUGGAGUGAAAUUCGUCUUGUUUUCUCUGAGCUCCUCUCCCUUCAGAGGCGAGUUCAUCUCCGUCAGAGGCUGUGUCAGGCGUGUUGUGAGAGUGUCUCCUGGAAGAAAAUCUUUCAACUCAGCCUAAAUGCUGCAGACUGGGUGAUAAAUGGUGGGGGCUGGCCUGGAUGGCUUUUUUCAUUCCCACAGAAUUGCAGGGCUAAUAACUCUGAUCCUUUUCUUCGGAGUUUAAGAAUUGGCUGUAGCAUUGCAUCAGCCUCAUAUGAAAGACCCGGGGUCAGUAACUGCUUUCUCUGCACUUAUUUUCAACUGUUAAGAUGGAGCGAACAAUUUAGCGGUUUAUUCUGCAGGGGUAAAGAGUGACAUUAUUAUUUCGCAGACUGAGAUUUUUACCUGUUUUUUUUACUAAUCUCCCUGCUGUGUUAAAUCCUCGAUUCACAACAUGUGAUUAAACCAGCAUCAACAAAAUCGCACCUGUCCUAUCAAAUAAGCAGAAAAAUAGUUCAAUGAUUGUUGAAACUGAGGGAAAAAAUCAUGGUAUUAGCGGUAUUGAUCCUGAAAUAUUAACUCUUGUGUUUUUGACCUUUGGUGUCCCUACUUGAAUACAAGUUUUGCUAAUUUUGACCUUUGCUUAUAUAGAAUAUAAUCCUGAAAUUCUUGCCCCACCUCUUUGUUACCAGUAUCUUAUAAUAGGGCUGGGCGAGAAACCGAAAAUUUAUCGAUACCAACGUUUACGACAAUAACCAACGUUAUUUUGCCCAUUUCAGCUUUUCGGUGUCAAAUAAAUAAAUCAAAGUUGUUUUUGGAUGUGUGUAGGUAGGCUAUGGUCUCAUGUCCCUUUAAGAUGCUGUCCUACGUCAGAGACGUGACUCCACCCCAACCAGUCCGUAACAAAGAGGGAAAGACAGGUGAGGAGAUGGAGGACGGUUCAGAAGUUGUAGCGGCUGAAGUAGACGAAGUUAAUAUGGGAGGGGGUGAGCAGCUGGUGGAGUAGUUAUCGUCCAUUUAUAAUUAUCAAGGUGAACUGAUCAAUAUAUCGUGAUACUUAUUUGAGGCCAUAUCGCCCAGCCCUAACAAGUUUUGCCACUUUUUACUUUUGCUUAGGUAGAAUAUAAUCCUGAAAUUCUCGCCCCUCCUCUAACCACAAAACUGAAUUUAGAGUCUAGUUCCUCUGGUCACUCAAAAAGUCCCUAGUUCCUCUGGAAAGUUCCUGUGGUUGAAUAGUGCCUUAAGUCGUAACUUCUUCCUCAUUUUCGUCGACAGGUGUGUCAACUGCACGGCUCAACACAGAGAAGAAGGAUGAGGACAAAAUUAAACAUUUUAUCCUUGCGGAGGAGCUGUUUACUUUGUCUAAGCUAAUGUUUGAUAGUGGACAAAUUUGAGUAGGUUGUGUUAGCAUGCUGAUGUUAUAACUUGACUAUUAUAAAAAUGUAGAGUCAACUAGGGCUGAAACGAUUCCUCGAGAACCUCGAUUAGAAAAAAUGAUGGAGGGAUUUUCUCGGCCUCGCGUUCUCGUUUACAAGCUCAAAUCGUUAUUGUUUCGCACGGAUUAUUUUCAAGGUGACAUAACACGCUUAUGUCUGACCUUCAUAGCAGAGCACCAGGGUUGGAGCUUAGAUUUGUGAUUUAAGAAAUCUCACUGUAUGUGAGUCUGCCAUUUGGGUCUGAUUACUUGAUUAAUCGAUGGAAUAUUCAGUAGAAACUCGGUUACUAAAAUACUCAAUAGCUGCAGCCCCAAAGUCAACAUGCUGCAAGAAGACAGAUCUUAAUAGUUUACCAUAAACAUUAUCAACCAUAGCAUGUAUUUUAUUUUUAAAUGAAUAAAAUCACUUUAAAAUCAAUAUAUAGUUCCAUUUAGUUUAUGAUUGUGGUCAAAAUCUGGACAAGAAUCAGUGAAAUUCAUGAUGAAGGUUUAGUUAUGUAAAACAGAAUCGCUUCAGGGUGAGUCAGGGUCAUGGAUUAUCCUUUACUUAUAGUCAGCUGCACUCACGUACAUACAGUAUAUCAGGCUGCUGUAAACUUAUGAUAAUGCGACUCUUAUUCCAUUAUAUCAGAGACUCUAAAAAAGGUCCCCGAUGAGCCGUGAACCCUCCCCAAACUUUUUGCUUGCUUUUAAAAAAGAAGUGGUGUAAAUACUGGCAGCUAAUAUGCAUUUUAAUUGUACAGUAUACCGUACAUGACUGUACCCUUGGGAGCGUGUUCUCUGCUCUCCAGCCUUCAUGUUUUAUUCAGCCGUAUUAAGACCUCUCUACUUGAAAAUUAGUUCGGAGGUUGACCAACUGCUUCUCAAAGUUACUGCCUGCUACCACAGGAGCCGGUGUGGAGUUAUUAGAUAAGGCUUUUGUUUCAGGCAGAGGUUAGCUGUGGGAAAUGUUCAGUAUGCUGCAGGAGUACAGCGACCUGUCUGGUUGGCUCUCCUCACGCAGCUACUCUCUCUUUCCUGCUGGGCGACUGACAGGCAAAUGUUAUAGCAAGCAGGUGGGAAGAGGCCUUACCUGAGGGGCCGCUACCUCGCUACAAUCCCUCCAAAUGGAAUCAAAGUGGCACAAUGCACCUUACUGUUGCAUCAAAGAGAUCUCCUCAUCUCUCGUUAAGCUAGGCGCGCAGGAGCGUUCGCCUUUGAAGACCCUCUCAUCUAGAAUCUGCCGCGUCUCGCUGACAGGAUGAAGUAGCUAUGGCGGUUCUCACAAGCAGACAAUCUGUGCUAAAGAUGAGCUCUUCAGUAUGCUAUUGUUAGCAUGUGUUCACCUCAUUGAGGCUGCGGAGAUGUUAAAGUGCGAGAAUGUGCCUUGAAAUAAUAACAGAAAUUACCUUGAUGGCACUCUGAGUCGUUUAAGUGAGACUGUAAAUAUGUAGCUACUCCGCGAAAGCCGAAGCCUGAAUGAUUUAUUUUGCUAAUAGUUGCUUUUUUAAUGGAGCACAUCUACGCCGUGACGAGCUUUUCUCCUCUAAUUUGUGUUAAAGCUCUUCAUUAAAACAGUGAGAGGAGUGAAAAGAACAACAAGGAUGCUGCUCGGUAAUUAUUGCGUGUCAGUCACAGAACACAGAGGAGCGCGCUGACGGUUAAACGUGCCUCGACAUGAGUGAGUCACCGCCACAUUUUUAGAAUAACUUCUCUGCUGAUUUUAUGGGUUUUGGUCAAUUAGAGGUAGAAAAAAGUCUGAGAGAACAUGUUUGGAGUAUGUUUGUCCUUCCAGCAGAAGUUUAUUUCAGCUCUUGUUUGGUGUAAUUAGUCUCUCUCUCUCUCUCUCUCUGCGGUGUGAUGACUGAGACGGUGUCACUUCUAUAAACAAUGCCCUUGCAAUUUACCUCCAACUCCCUCGGUUACCUUGGAGGCAUUUUAUCCAUGGCAGAUUAAAAUAUGAAGCAAUUAAAAACAAAUGCAGCUAAUUGGAAUUUAGUUUGUUAAAUUUUAUAGCUUUAUAUGUAAUGAGGUUCUGGGCAAAACCUUUUACACACAGUUUUUUUACAUGUCUCUCCACAAAAGCAUGGAGUCAGUGAAUUUGUGAGGAAAUUGUUCUUCACAGUGUUCCAAGGUUUCUCUGACUCCUCCUCAGAAUACCAAUUUGUGAGAUGAAGAUCCAUUCACCUGUUACUCGAUUUUACAUUUAAGCAAAAGGAAAGACAGUUAGUGUUCACAGUUGAUUUAACUUCAGCUGGACUUCUCAGAUACAUGCAAACAUGGACCUCUUGUCUCUUUUACCUCGAUCUUAUUUCGGCUUUACUGUCUUUUAGCUUUUGUUUAAUUAAUUUUUUCUUAAUUAACCUUUUAGGCCUUUGCUCAUGUCUUUUAUUCUAUUCUAUCAUUAGGGUUAUAAUUGUUAUUAUUUUAUUAUCCUCUUUUUAUAUUUACUAUCCUGUUUUCUGCCGUCAACUUCCCUUUUGAUUGCAUUUUCUUUUUCUUACCUAUUUUAUAUAUUUUUUUGGUCCUUGUGGUCUCCUGUUGCGUUGCAUGGUUCUUGUAUUGUCUGGGUUUCUGAUGACAUAUGAAAAUGGCCUUUAAUUCUGAGUCCUUGUUUUAAAUAAGCUAUUAGUUUAUGUUAGUUUUUAUUUCCGUAUGCUGACAUUCUGUGCUUAAUGACUAUAAGCCAAAACACUUUGUAAAACUUGUUUUGUUAAAGUACUAAAAAAAGGAAAGCGACGAUUAUUAUUAUUUUUUAUUAUUCAUAAUAUAUUUUUAUUAUUAUUUCAAUAUAAUUUUAUUUUAAUUUGUUAAUAAUUAUUAUUGUUUUUAUUUUUAAAUUAUUAUUAUUAUUAUUAUUAUUAUUAUUAUUAUUAUAUUACUAUUUAUUAUUAUUAUUAUAACCAUAGUUAUCAUUUAUUAUUAUUAUUAGUAGUAGUAGUGGUAGUAGUAGUAGUAGUAGUGGUAGUAGCAAUAGUAGUAUUAUCAUGAUAAAUUUGUAGUAUUAUUUUAAAAUUAUAUUAUUAUUAUUAUUUUUCAAUUUGCAUAAUUAUUAUUAAAAAAUGUUAUUUUUAAAUUAUUUAUUUAUAAUUUUUAUUAUUUUUUAUCAUAAUUAUUUAUUAAAAAUAAGAAGAAGAAGAAGAAAAAUAAGAAGGAUAACUAUUAUUAUUAUGUAUUUGAGACUGUCUCUAGAGUCUGAUUGGAGUCAAUCACAUUUCCCAAAGUCCAAUCAACAAACCCCGAUACUGCACUCAGGGAUCGUUUUUCACUUGCAUGUGUUUUAGCUUGUGUGCUGAUUUACAGUUUGCACACCAGGCUUUGACCACGAGUCAAACAUCACUGAAGGAAGCUGUGAAAAUUGUUACACAAAACCUUAAAAAAAAACUUUGUGUGCAAAACUCACCGCCGCUAAACUGUGAAAAUCCACACGGCCAUCGCUAAAUUCAUACCUGUCCUGAAAUGACAGUUUAAGUCCACCCUCUACUUGAAGUCAGUCUGCACCUGUGCUCUGCAUUAGAGCUGCAGACUUUCCUGCAGCGUCGUCUGUGUUUUGUCAGCCGUUGUCAGCAGAUGGAAUUAGGUGGUAUGCAGUUGCCCUGGAGACGAGAUAAAUUGUGUACCCUGGGGGGUUUUGCUGUGUGGUGACUGACAGCCAUAGUCCUCCUCUCUCACACCUCACAAACACACCGGGCACUGACUCAGGGAGCUGCAUCCGGUCAUGUCGUGGCUGGCUGGUCAGAGCUCCUCUCUUUGAUUGAAACCUGCUCAGGAGGACAGUCCACCGUCACCGCUGGUCACUCUGUUUCCUUUUAACUGUGUGAGGAACCGUUGGUGCAGGUUAAAUACUGAGCAGCCGUGUGCAGGUGAGAUCAAAAGUUGCAGAGGGUAAUAAAAUUAGACAGUGCUAUUUUAAGGUGGCGGUAUAAAUAGUGUAUAAAUGAGCUCUUUCUCUCAUUUCAGAGUUACGCUUCAUGUGAUAAAAAGCAUCUUCAGAUUCAGGCCUUAUCAAAGUAACACUUCUUUCCUUUUAUUACUCCUCUGAACAGCACAGCUCUUUUUCUCUCUCCUACCUCGCACACAGUCCCUGCCUCUGUCAGAGGAGAUGUAGUGGAGUGAGAUGAAAUGUCUGAGGAGCCAUGAAGUCUCCACUCUCUGUACACCCGAGUUCAUCCCUCUUCCUGUCUUAAUUUUUAUUCUCUCCCUCACUUUUAGAAUUGAAAGUUAUCCGGCUGUCUGUAGAGGCUGUGCCGCAUGAAUAUCACCUUUGGGGUCUUAUUAAAUCAUUGUAAUAUGGCCGGCAACACGACUCAGAGAGACCCCAAACAAACCCAAUCACUGUGCAGACUUCUCUGACUCAUAACUACGGGGAAAUAUGACUCUCAGAGAGACAGCUCUGGUCACUGCACUGACACCAUUUCUCAAUCAAAAGCUGAUUAGCAGUAAUUUUAUCCAGUACACCUGUUCAAAUGCAGAAUCAGGUCUUUGGAUUUAUAAAACCGCCUCUAUUGUUUCCACUAAAACUUUUGAUUGUACCACACAGAUUGUUUCUCACUGUUUAUGCCUAAGGUUAGAAAUUUCGGCUGUUCAUUUAUCUUCCUUUAUCCUCUUUCCCUUUCCAUUCAUCGCUGUUACUCGCUCCUGUGAUCACUGUAAGUGAGUUUUUCUUUGAGCAAUAUUUUCUUCAGCGCCCACCGAGGAGCAGAGGGCCGAAUCAUUAGUGGUCAUUUUCAGGGUUAGUUAAUAAUGCAUGGGGAACAAACACAGAUUUGUUAUUAAUUUGGGGUCUUUUUGAUCAUCGCUCUUAUAAAAACGUUAAAAUUUAUUCAUGUUUAUGUUCAUCUUGAGGUGGAGAAGUUUACCGCCGCUUCUAUCUUGUCGCUCUGCAAGCUGAUACAUAAUUAAAUGAGACCGUUUACAGAAUAUCAGGAUCUAUUUUCUCGGCUGCUGCUACUUAUUAUUACAGUUGACCUAGGGCUGGGCGAUAAUGGCAAAAAUAAUAAUCACAAUUAUCACGGGGGUUAAUCAGUUGUGUGAUCGCUGACAAUAACUUGCUAUUGCUAAUACUCGGUGCGUGCGUGCUAUGCGGUGUAGCGCUCAUGUCCGCUGCAUACAUAUGAGUCAGAGUUAGAGCCACGUAACUAAAAAACAAACUUUUAUUUAGCCGUGGAUAAACUGCACAUUGGAAAAACCCUGAAGUUGGUUGUGUUGCUUUGUGGAGCAGAAACAACAGUGUGACAAACUUUGCAAACAAUUUCCUUUUGCUUGACAUCUGUAAAAUUGACGCCAAAAUGUUCUGAAGUUGUUCUAACUUACUUCUCAACCAAAAGCAGCCCUCCUGCCGUGUUUUUAAUCACUCACUCCUCACAUUAGUGAUCCACACACGUCACACGCUUGCUGCAGCUGCACGUAACAGGGAUGCAUUCAAGGGGUUUUUCCAGCACAGGAACUUACAAACAUGCCGCACUGUGUGGUGCAUUAAUUGUUUUUCUUCAGUUAUAAUAUUUUUAUGAUCAUAAGACGUCAAAAUCAAAAUUAUGAUUAAAAUUCGAUUAAUUGUCCAGCUCUAAUUUGAUCAUAAAGAAAGAGCAUGAUGAACUUUUUUAAUCAAGAAUCCUUGAUUACACAUGUACGGUGCAGAACCCAGUUUGUCCACAGGGGGCGCCAAAGUCCACACAAAGUGAAAACCCCUCACAGGAGCUUUAAAGUAAUGAUUUGUUUUUAAGUAAGAUUGUGAAAGAGUGAAACCGGCUGAAGUAGCAGUCAACUUGUUUGUGUUAAAAUGUCUGAUGAGGAAGUCAGAGGUAGACCGACUUAAAUCUCUACCCACAGACUUAACUAAGAAGCAGACAGGGUCGUGGAUUUAGCUGCUUAGAAAAACAUUAAGAAGAGCUCAGAGGUCGGAGAAUCGUAACGAUAUUUUAUUCGUUUGUCCUGUUUGUGCUGUCCGCCCUGGUUUAUGAUGGCUUUUAGAGGCAUUACAGGUAUGUUUCUGAGGUUACGGCCGGUUUGAAUGUCAGCGCUAAAAGAUCAUCGUUUAUUGAUGGCACUGCGAGUUCAUCCAGACAACCGCAGCCAGGUAUUGAUCGGAAAUCAGCAGCUUUCAAGACAAAGCAGAAAUGAUAGGGGGGCUCACACUCUCAGCUUCGCUCAGCAACAUUUCCGAGCGGUCGGAGAGACAGACUCUUUUCUCAGUUAGCAGAGAUGCCGUUAAGAGCCUUUCAGUUCGUCGUCUCAUUGAGUAAAAGUCUCGUUAUUCUGUUCCUACAAAUACGAAAAUACACUGAAAUACAAUACAGUGGUGUUUGCUGGGAAAAAAUACUCCCUGACAAUUAUCACUUGAUUCUUUGGUAUCAGACUUUCCGAGCAGUUUAUGUUCCUGUGGAGAUGAGAGUAUUGAUUUCUGUGGGCUUUUAAGGCUGGUUAGAUAAACUAUUGUUGUCACAGUACGGGCUGUGUGUGUUUCAACACAAAAGCCAUUGUGGACUAUCAGACCUUUCAUCAAGUCGACAAAUUUCAGCUGUCAGUGGAAAUGUGAAGGUUUAUAAUUUUAGGAUUUAUGGCCAGCGUUCAAUUUGAGUCAAAAGUAAUCAUGAAAAACUUUAUUGAACCAGAUUUUAUUCUUUCAAAAUGUAAUGUGUGGUUGGAGAGGGAGCUUUUCGACACAAACUCCCUCUUGUUACUUCUUUUCUUCGGCUGUUGCUGCAGAAAAUAGGGAUCAGUGCAUGAUAGUUUUAAAGGAGCUAUAGCAAAGACCCUGAAUGCAUAAUGCCAGACUGUAAGGCACAAACAGUACGAGCGGCUUACAUAACCAUAUAUCACGCACAGUUUGAAGCUAUAAAACAACCUCUGGAAAGCUUUAUGUCUGGGUUACUGCAGUUUUAAAUUAGGCUUGUAAAGCAUUACAACAACCGCAACCUCCUUGUUUUUACACACAGUAAUACGACCGAGGCUUCUGUCGCUAAAACACUAAAGUUUCAAGUGUCUGCAGAGCUCGUCUCUGUGUGCAUAAGCAGGAGUGUUUUAAGUUCCUGCUUCUCCAGAGUCGACAGGUCUGAUGGUGAGACAAGACAGAACCAAAGGAGCAAUUAGUGAGUCAUUGUCAACAAUGGAUGUGAGGAAAAAACGUCUCUGUUUCCAACCGUGUGGGCUGACUUUAAAAUGUCAGACACUUUAAAUAUCUCCAUGUACUUAUGCCGUUAAUUGUAAAUUCAGCAGAAUUAUGAAACAUUCAAAGCCUCCAUUACCAGUGAAAGCUUUGAAGCACUUGUAAACACAGGGAUGUAGUUAGUCGUCACACAGCAGACCCACACACUCACCUUUAUGCAACCAGGGGAUGAAACAAACUGAAAUCAGUGGCAGAAUGAACAAUGAAGUGAAAUUAUUAUUAUUAUUAGGUGAUUCAUGGAGCGGCUCAGCUGUUUGCAGGUCAUCACACCCUACAAAUGUGGUCUAAAAGACAGACUGAUUCAUUUCUCUCAUCAUGUUUGAUUUCCUGAUCUUGACUGAGUGUUUCUCUAUGAUAUCAGAUCAGAAACAGAUUUGAUUUUUAUCUUAUUUAAUUGUAACUAGGGCUGGGCGAUACGGGAAAAAGUUUAUCACGAUAUAUUUUUUUCAUAUCAGUCGAUAUCGAUAUAUAUCACGAUAUAAAAAAUGAACUUUAGCAGUGCUUAUUGAUAGCAUGUCUUUUGCAAUACGAUAAUCUACUGCAUCUGUGAAGUCUUUGUGUCUUUAUGCACUUCUAACUCAGUAAGUCCACGGGACACAAACUAGAAACUUACAUACAAAACCGCAGACAUUUGAAGGAUUUUAUAAACAAACCCGGACAAACCCGGAAAAUAGAGGACAUGUCCGGGUAAAAGAGGACGUAUUGUCCCUUUAAUUUUAUUUAUAUUGAAAAAUAAAUAGAGUCAUUUGAUUUAAGAUUUUAGUUUUCUAUUGAGACAAAAGGGAAAGGGAGCUUUAUGGACACUUGUUUUUGUUUUCCCCAUUCGUAUGCCUUAAAUUAAAAUGAUUAUUUGGAUGUGAAUUUGUUAAACAGUGUUUAAAAAAUAUUUUACUUGCACUUUGUUUUAUUUUGUCUGUCAUUCUUUGACUCUGUAUCAAGUGUUUUGUUUGACAUUUCAAUACAGUUUGUAUAACUUUAAUCAUCGGUUUCUGUCUAUUAAUUUCCUCCCGGCUCCACGAGCCCAGGAUUGACUUUGUCUUAUAUGUUUGUGUUAUAAGCCAUAUUUAUUCAUAAACAAUUCCAUAAGUGUUACAUAAAGUUUUCUUGUUUUGUCUGAACUUCUCACACUCUCUCUCCAAAACUUGGUCCGGUAAAACAAAGUUGUGGACUUGGGAAUCAGCCGAGAGAUUUGUUUUGGUUUUUGUUUCAGGGAGGAAGAAAUAUUCUGAACUGUUCUCCGGCUCAAAGUUGAGCCUUGAGGGAGUUAAAUUUUUCUGUGAAUAUAUAGAAACUUUUGGGAAACCCUCUUGCUUAGAUAAAACUUGAAGCCUCUCUGUGUAGGAGAAUUUUAAAGCACCUCUCUGCUUCUUGAUCGGACACGUAACACCGCGGUUCGGUGACUCAUCAGUGCGAACACUGAGAGAUCACUCAGGCUUAUUCUCGCUGAGUCAAAAUAGUGUUUACAUGAAAAAUGAAUCAGCCGAGCGGACCAGGGAGCACUUUGUUGGUCCAAGAUACUAAACUUAUUAUGCUGUGGGUCUCUAAAGUUCAUAUUUAGAUCAAACUGUGAAUUAUUCCUGAAACAAUAGAUCCGUUUGUCCUCCUAUCAAGACGGCUCAUGGGUACUGAAGUGUUAAAAUCAGUGACUUACUCAUAACUGGUAUCAAUGUUUGAAUAAAAAGGCAGGGCUCACUGUUACUCUGAAUCAAAGCUGCGUCACAAAAAAGCUACAAACGCCGUUUUCUCUGACGGCGGUCAAAUGUCACUGAAAAAAUCUCACGGCAAUCCGCUCGACAAAAGUCCUGCAAUUCAAUAGAAAUGAAAAGCUUUCUGUCGAGUGUCCAAAGGUGGAAUAUUUCAGAGGAUUUGAUAUCUUUAUGUGCAUCAUUUUUGACCCACAGGUUAGGCGGCUCAGCUGGACUCAAUUUCCCGGACAGGUUGGGGUAUUAUGAUAAAUACAGAACACUUCUCGAGACAGUUAUUGUGUAAACGCUGGUGGGCGAUGAGUUGGUUAGUCAGCAGAUCUUUGAAAGCUUUGCACUGUGGGUAAAAAUCAUCUUAACUACUGGACAUUUCUAGCUGUGGUUAUGGAAAAUCAAGCGUGUAGUGACUGCUUUCCUUCAACAAAAAAGGCCGCUGGGGUUUCGGUUUGUUUGCAUCUGUGACUCGUUCAAUUAUCAGUCGGGUUUGAGUGUUAAAAAAGUAAUUUAUUGUUCAAAAAAGGAAAGAAAACAUCCGAAACCUUUGCCUCCAAAUGAAGAAGUGAUAAGACGAAAUGAGGUUAAAACAGGAUGAGUGAAAAGGUGAAAAAUGGUCAACAGAGAGAGUUAAAUAACGCGCCAAACAUCCCAAAACCACAGUGACCUAUUUAGUAAUCAUACCCUAAACAAAUAUAUUUUCGCUCUUACAAAGCAGGAGAUUACGAAUUCAUGCAUGAUAUUUUUACAUUUUUAUCUCUUCUUCUUCUUCGUUGUCUGAAUCAGGUUAACGAUGUGUUUCCUCUUUGUUUUGCAGAUCUCUCCGCUGCCGUCCAGAAGUUCUCCCAGUCCCUGCAGGAGUUCCAGUUCGAGUGCAUAGGUGAUGCCGAGACAGAUGAUGAGGUGAACAUCGGUAAGUCCAGUUUGGCCGAGCCCAGGAGGGCAGAUCUCUGUCUUUGCGGUCUUUCAUCUCUUUUCCUCUCUGCUCAGCCCAAUUAAUCACACUGUCACCCCUCUCAGAGCCAGAACCUUCCCCGACACAGACAUGAGGGUUCUCCAGGGUGAUACUUAAGCACAAUUGGCUGCUGUACUUAAACUUAUCAUAAGGGCUGUGUCCUCUGGUUAAGAGGCGGUGCUCAAAAUGUGAUAUUAUUGUGUUUGAGAUUUUUAACGCUGGCUAAAGUGGUGAACGGAAAAAAAGAGGAACCAUCAGGGUCACUGCAAACUCUUUUCAGAUAUAAAAUUAGCUCACUCUGCGAAUUCCUGGAUUGGGAUUAGGCGUUAAGCGUACAUCUUAAAGUUGUCCACAGUGCAUGUGUAAUUAAUGGUAUUGAUUUGCUUAUGAUGCCUUAUCUUCUCCAGCCUAUAGGAGAUCAGAAGGAGUAAUUGUGAUCAGUGUCAGAGAUUAAUGGAGGUGUGGACCUCGUAGCCUCCAACAGGAAUAUGAAAGCAGCUGUGCAGAGGGCCUCUCCGGCUCUAAUGGGCAGGACUCCCAGUCUGGCCUCUUCCUCCUCUUCCUUUCUUUUUUCACUGCUCAUUAUCCCCAGCCCGAGUCCUUCGCUCCAUGGAGCUGCAGACUGCUGAAUUACUGUCCAUCUGUGAGGGCUAGACUGGAUAUCGACCUCCUACAUGAGGCUGUAAUGUUCAUCUGAAUGUGUAAUGAAGAGUCAGUCCUCCCUUUUUUUUCUACUAAAGCUGGGGCGGCAGUGUGCAGGAGACCAAUUAUGCUUAUUGGAAAAAUCCACACCCAAAUCCAAGCCUCAUUAAAAUCAAGCACGCUUUAAUUUGAGGCAGUGCAUCCUUUCCCUGGACUUCUAUCAAGAGCAGUGUUUGAACAAUAGACAUUUAAGCUGCCCACCUGUUAUGUAGCUGGACCUGCUUUGUAUUUACAGUGCAAACCACUGCAAGCCCAGAAGCCCGAGAGUGGUGGCCGUGCCUAAUGCUCUCAGAUGACGGAGCCAUUUGUUUGGGAGCAUUUUAUUAUGAUACAGACAGUACAUUAAAAAUAAAGUAUGACACCCAGGAUGUAGAAAAAGCCUGUCUACAGCCUGUUUAACCAUCAGCAUGUUAAUGAUUUUCUACCUUAAAUUAUAACCUCCUACAAACAGCCUGUGUGUUUGAAAAAUAGCAGAUGGGCUUGUUUCUGAUAGGUUGUACAAAAAUUAGGGCUGGGACUCGAUUAAAAAAAAUAUCUUAUUAAUCAGAGGCUUUGUAAUUAAUUAAUCGCAAUUAAUCGCAUUUUAAUCGCAUAUAAAUAUUUGACCUGAGAAAAGUGAGAAUCAUUUUUUUAAACGGUACACGAGUAAGGAUGCAGAGGGCGGAAAAUUUCCAGUAAAUUUCCAGAAACUUUCAUGGAAAGUUAAGCUUGGGAAUUUUGAAAACUUUCCAUGGGAAUUAUGGAAAUUACUGGAAUUUAUGGGAAAUUAUGGGAAUCUACUUGAAAUUGGGGGAAGUUUAAACAAACUGUAUCAUAUCCAAACAAAAAUGUAAAUAUUUUUCCUUCAACAUUAGCUUGUGUGAUACAUUUCCACACAUCUGAUGGCAAAUGUGGCAUUUUUCUGUAGAACAAAAUAACAAAAACGCUCGGAAUCAGAAGAAACAGCAUCACUUUUGAGGUAGCUACCACCACCAUAAUAAGCUAGCCAUUUAAAUGGUCAAUGAAAUGAAAAAUAGCUUACAUUUAGCACCUAAUUUUAUUUAAUUUUAGCAAAAUAAAUAUUAAUACUAUUAUAAAUUAAAUAUCAUUUUUCCAUGCGUUGGGUGGGACUGGAAUUACUGCGGCGCUAACUUAUAAGCGGUAUCCCUGAAGGUGCGAUUACGAUGCAUUAACAUUUUUAAGGAGAUAAUAUUACUGUACUUAACAAAUUGCUAUUAACGCGUUAAAGUCCCCGCCCGACCAGAAAGGUGUCAAAUUCAGGGGACCUUCCAUACAAACUAAAUCUACUGCGUCUCGAAACACAUUUUUCCUUGUAAUUAAUGUGAGCUGGUCGUUCAGUGAAGUAAAAGUGUUCAAUAUCUUGUUAGACAGAAAUGAUUUCUUUAAACCCUGACAUCUAUACUGCUGGGUUCUCCCGGCGCCUCAGAGAGAAAGGGCUGUGAUUACUCUUUGAGAAAAAAAUGAAACUGCCCGUUGAAUCAAUCUAGUCAUCAAUGAAACGGAGCCUCUGAGUGACAUCCCUGGACCCUUCGUGAAGGCCAUCCACCAUCUUGAUGCAGUAUCGGUACAGCUCACUUUGAUGCUCCUAACUUACCCACAGAACAGCAGGAUUCCUGUAUGUGCUGCCAGACAGGUUCACCUGACCUUUAUUGAUUUUACUCUAUGACUUCCUGCAGUGACAUUCACAUUCCAGGCCAGUUAUCUAGGAAUCAAUGGGGGCAAAAGAUUGAUGUGGCCACAGAAAUUUAAAUUUCUCAAAAAAGUUACAUGGUCUUUCCUCAGAAGGUCAAUCCUUCAGUCACUCUGUGCGGGCCGUGCUGAGCUCUUCACUGAGGAGACGGUCAAAUAAGGUCUCGCUCUUGAAAGUUAAAAUGAAAGUAGACAGACAACAUUUAAACUUUUAAGACUAUUGUAUGCAGAGAGGAAAUGAACAUGUGCCCUUAAUAUCUUUCAAUAUAUUGGCGUAAGCUCAUCUUUCUUAUUCACUCACCCUGGAGGUGGUAAAUUUUCUUUUAUUCAGUGAUUCAUCAGAUCUAUCGCCUUUCCUCCAUUUACCAGUGAAUGAUAUGCAAGCUGUAACCUCACUUUGACUUCCAUUUCCUUUCUUUGGAGUCUAAUCUUGUCCCAUCAACCGGUCCAGCUGUGCCCUUUACCCCCUGAGAGGUUUGCUGUUGAUAAAGGAGCCGCUGGCGUUAAUAGGAGGCCAGUCUGCCUGCAGGAUCACUGGCACAAAAUCACUGCUCCCUGCUCUUUAAAAGCUUCGGCGUGUAAAUGGACCAAAGUGUCUAAGAUGAUGCAUGGCUCCCUGUGCCAGGCCGUCGCGGCUGAUAAUGAUGUUGCUGCGUUGGCAAGCAGAGCAGCUCCAGCGCCGCUUAAAUGGUUGGACACGGGGUGUCAGAGGCUGACCAACAGGGGCCACACUGUAUCUGGACCCCUAUUUAAUGAAGCCGUGAAGCUAUCAAGGCUCUUUUUUUUGGCUGAUAAGAUUUCAUGUAUUGUACGCAGAAUUCAGCUGGCUCUGCAGAAUGUAAUAUAAGCUACUGAAGUACAGCCCAGAUGGUGCGAACGCAUCAGUCUCUCCUAUAUUGUGACAGUACAUUGUAAAGCCUUGCAGCGGAAGAAAAUAAAAGGAAGCAAUCAGUGGCUUCAAUUUAAUUGAAGUAUUGUUCUUUACUGCUAUUCUUAGUUUUAAAUUGGACAGCUGCAUGAUUUUAUUAGGUUCUAAAAUGUGCUGCACUGAAAGCUCAGAGGCUGCAGUGAAAAUAAACAUUUUAGCACCAUGCUAUAGUGCUUGUGGGGAGCCAAGAACAUCUGAUGUUUAAUGACGGAGCCACUGUGCUAAAAUAUCUUCUUUUCUCCUUCGAAUAUAACAACAAGAUAGAUCACUGUGCUCCUCCAUAAUAGGGAACAUAUUGUCCUUGAUGCAUCAUACAUGUUGGAGUGUUUAUUGACCAAACAAACUGUAUCUCACUUUUAAUGCAGUGUCUCAGAAACGGCCUUUCUCUCUGUGUUUCAGCCCAGUCCUUCAAAGAGUUCUCCCAGCUGCUCAACACGGUGGAAGAAGAAAGGAGACGCCUGGUAAGAGACGGCACGUUUUGAUAUUCGGUUUUUUCUUUCAUGGAGGUUUUGAAUGAAAAGAAGAACAAAUGAGAAGAGAGGACAUGCUUCCCUCCCCUCGCUGUAAUAGGGUAAACAUUUUACCAGAAAUUGGUUUGUGCUGUCAGACUUGUCUUUAUUUGGACUAGUAUCAUCUGGUGUGAGGAAUUGAGUCUGCAGGUAUCUCGCCUCCAAUUUCCCACCAAAGCAAACAGAGCUGGAUUCUGCCACUUUGUGUGUACACAAGUCAGGCACCAUUCGGCUCAGGAAGGGCUGAGGUGCUCUUUUGAAAUACAAUGAGGCUGGAAUUACCCCAAAACUCCCGACAGUGUUACAGAGCCGCAGUAAUAGGAACCGAAAGAGGAAAAAGUGAUUCUGAUUUUACACUGUAAAACAUGAAACAUGGAAUAAUCUCGACUUUGCUGUUGUGUUUUUACAUCUUACAAUUUACAAUCUUAUAUUUGUUUUAAUUCUGAUUUCUUGUGACUUUUUGACUCUCCAGCUUUACAGUUUUUCAUGUGAGAAAAGGAAAAACCUGGAUCUGCUCUAAGCAUUUGUUUUGUACAAGGAGACUCUGUUGUGGGUGGUACUGGAGGUGCCUCGAGGCAGGAUUUACCUCAGACCACAUACUUGAGCUGUGCAUCUGAUUUACCCAGUCAGAUAUGCAAAUGAGAUCAGCAGCAGCAGCAGCAGGUUUGCAGUCAUAGACUUUGUAACUAACUGAGACGUUUUCAUUAGGACUCCGUUCUCCGUGAAGGAGCAGACUGCAAACUUUUUAUAGACACUUUCAUUCUGGCGGGGUGGAGUGGGGGUGGGGGGGUGGGUGGGGGUGGAGUGGGGGUGGGGGGUGUUUGAUGCAGAAAAGAUUAACUUGGAAAAAAACUUUAAAUGGCUCACAGUAAAGAGACUCUCAGGACCGACACACUGAGGGCGAAAAGAUUUUGGCCAAAAUUAAAAUCCAGAUUUUUUUUCUACGAUUUUUUUUUAUUCAGUGACAACUUCACCAAACUUCAUUUUAUUAAUACAAAGUUUUUCUAUCAACUAUUUAUGGAUUUAAGUACUCUCUGACCCGUCUUAAAAAAGUACUGUUUUCAAAAAGUCCCGUUUACGUUUCAGUGUGGAUGAAACGCUGAUACGACAAGAAAGUUUUAGGAUCUAUUGUUAAAGAGACAAGACCUGACACCGAGACAUUACGUAAGGAAAGAGUUACCUUUGGGAAACACUGGAGAUAAAAGAUAAAAGAUAAAAAAUUAAUAAAUGGUCAAAAGAAAAACUAAAACCUGAUGGACUAAACGAAAAAAAUAAUAUUAAAUGAACAGGUAAGUAAAGAAAAAGACUAAGAACAGAGAUAAUUGAUAAAAUGACAUAAAAUAAACAUUAAGAACUUCGAUUAAAAUGAACAUUUGCAAUAAGAGAAAAAUAAAAAGGCAAUUAGUGAAAAGCCGGGUUAAAAAGGUGAGUCUUGAGCCUCUUCUUAAAACAUCAACAGUCUAUGAAACGCCGUUUCCGUGUUGAUGAAACACCAAUACCACAAAAAACUUUUGCAUUUACUCCUGAAUUCGUUUCCGUGGUGACGGGUUGAUACCGCCUUCCGACAGACUUUACAGCGGGGAGUGGUUUACUCUUCGUCUGAAACUGCGAAGCCGUACCAAUUCAACACGACUGACUUGCUCUUGUCCUAUUUAACCACGAAAUUAACGCCUUCUUUUACAACGCCAUGUUUGUUUACACUGGUGUGUGUGGGAACUGGCCGAGCCUACGGUGGCCUGGAGGCGCAAGACAUGAUAAAGAGGAAAAUCGAUUUAAGGAUUUUAUUUUUUUAAUAAUCGUCAUAAUCAAAUAAUCCAAUUAUAAUUAAAAAAGAUUUAUCAUGCAGCCCUACAUCAUGCCAAAAUGAAAGACUGAUCUGGAGAUAUUGGGAUGAUGUCUUUUUUCCUACAGAUGGGUGCACAGGUGUACUCACUAACUCGGCAGUUAAAACACAGGUUUAUCUCUUGGAUAUUAAUUUCAGAACUUAAUCUAAAGUGACGCAGCGUGAACCUUUUCCUGCUGACAUUCAAAGUGCAGCUUCAUUUUAUGAUAGACACAGUUGCCCUUUUGAAGAUGUGGGUCACCUCUGUGCAGCCCAUGUAGCUUUAUGAGAUAGCAUGUCAUCCUAAUCAGUUUGACAAGCAUAAAGUCACCGUUCGUAAAUUCAUAUCGCCUGUAGAGUUGGUGAGGCCCAAAGCUCUGAUUUAAUAAGUGUAGAUCAUGCGUGGCCUCUAACACCUGCAUCAGGGCUGAACCCAGAAUAAAUGGAAAAUUCAGACGUGAAUAUUUUCCCAUGUGAGGUAAUAUGUUUUAAAUUUAAUUGAUCAUCUUAAAAUAUCAUCACCCUGAUAAACAGGCCUGAAAAAUGAAGAAUUACAAUCACCGUCUGUAUUUCAAGCAGUCAAAGUACAUAUUAAUAUAUUACACACAGGAAUUCCUCAGUCUGAAGCAUCAAGAUAGCAGGAGAGGUUGAUGAAUUAUGAAGGAGGACAUUUUCCUCAUUAUUUCAUCUGAAUUUUAAAUCAGUUGUGACGAUAAACAUCAUAAAUCGAUGAAAGUGAUCGUUCGGUAUGUGUAUUUUGGGACAGAGCUGAGUAAUAGCCGACAUUUUAGUCCUAGAUUUUAAAAAAGUGUCUUCCUGGAGAGCCAAACUGGAAAAAUGUGGUUCGUUUUUGUCAGUUUAACCAUCUGACAUGAUUUGGUGUUUGCAUUUUAUGCGUUUCCAUUUCUUUGCUCGAGUCGCAUCCUCUGCAAAAUAUUUGCUGUCGGAGACGAAUUUAAAUUCACAAAGAGUAGAAAUAAGUCACUUUUGUGUCACAAAGCAGUGAAAUAACACACAGCGAUGCGAUGUAAAUUUCCGUGAGACCGCUGUGAAUUAUAUUUCCAAAAACAGGAGGUGACAGACUCACAAAUAAACUCAGUAUGACACAGGGCUGGUUGGCUCUCACUACCCCAGUGCCUCAAACUAGGCUCUGACAUCUGAUUGUGACUUUGUCUUCCUCCUGCAGAGGCGGUCAUCUGAUGGCUGUCGAGGAGGAUCAGAGCAGAUUUGGACACACCUGGUUAGCUGGUUCAGAAAAAGACCCCUUUGUUUUUAUCAUGUCGAGGGCGCACUGUACAUUUGUAGUCUGAGAUGGCGCUGAAAGGAAACUACUUUGCAGCUUGAUGUGUUUACAGCAUUGGUAUGCGUAAGACACAGAAACAGGAGAAGGAGGGAGGUGCAUGUUAAUGUAGGAGCUCCCAGGUUUCUUCUUUUUAAAAUCGUUGAAUGUUCAAAGGAGAUUAACGCCGAAAAACAUGAAUAUGACAAGUAAAACCAAAAAAUAAAGUAGCUGAGGAAGACUACUAAUACAACAACAACAUUCGAAAACAGGUUUUAAAAGCUCUGUUUCAUUCAAACUCAUGACGUACAUGACUCCUUCCCCUCCAUAAUGUAAACUGACAUGGUGCUACCUCCUGUAUCCGACCUGUAAACUGUUAAUGACUCACCUCACAUUAGGUGUAAACGCGUGAGCACUAUCUAUAGAAAUGCAUGGAGGAGGGACAUGCACAUUGAUGCCCACGUGCACAUCUCUAAACCUCCUUUUUUGAGCAGAAUUACACUGCGAACAUUCACAAUAUCAAGUUCAGUCCGCAGGUUACCCGGAUCACGACUCCCACUUCAAACAUUUUCGUGAAUCAAUUUCCAAAACGGACUCUUUCAUUUCCUCAACAGUUCCACUCUGGCUUAAGUUGAUCUUAAUCAUAAAUAUUUAAAGGUGCUCUUUUAUGUUUAAUAAGCUCGGAAAUCAAACUCAGCUUUAAAAAAUGGGAUAAAUCACCCUUAUCUCAAAACUCCAAUACAGCAGAGUCCACUUCUUUCCUGCUGCGGCUCAAAAUCUUCAUCAAUUCAAAGGUUUUUUUCUGAGUUACAAAGUGAAGGAUUUCCAGCUGAUUGUCAAAAUAAAGUUAAAUCAGUGAGGUACUUUAAAGCUUUCUGAUAAUGUAUUAAGGUGUUUUUAGUGGGGUUACCAAUUUGGUCUCAAUGAGUUUCCACGAAGGGUUCAAAUCCUAACUCAUCCAUAUCAGGGUUGGUUUGAUAAAUAUGCUUUAAAUUAAAUAUCUAUUGGCCUCCAACUAUUCAUUGAAAUUGAGCAAACAGCCUUUCAAAGCACUAUAAAUUAUCUCUAUCUGUAAGUUAUACGAUUAUAUCAUCUGCGUAAAGGGUGAGUUUGUGUUUUUCGUUUGAGGUUAGGUCUUUUCUAAGAAUAAUUCAAAGCCAAAUAUGGACUCAGCUCUUUCACAAAGGCACAAAUUUUUAGCACAAACAAAUAACUUUACUUUUGGCUGAUAAUCUUAUUUUAUUAUUUAGGUCACAAACGCAUUAGAAUUAGUGUGAGACUAUUUCAACAUCAGUCUCAACAGCAGAGGUCUGAGUCAUGAUAAUCCUCAUUUCAACCUUCCCUCUAAAAUGUAAAGAAGCUUAGAUCUAAAGCUAAAGUGAGAUUUGCUGGAGUUACUGAAAAACCACCUGAACAAGUUAGGAUUGAUAAAAAGAGAAUAACUGAUUUAUUCCUAAUAAUUGGAGGAUAUUAACACCCUUAGGUUGUUGGAUAUUUCAUGGUUUUUACUUCACCACACUGUCGUAUCUUAAAAUGAAACUAAAAUAUGACCGACCUGCACGGUUAUUCUUGCUAUUUUUUCACCUUUUGUUUAUUCGCCAACGACAGAGCGAUAUCCUUCCUUAUUCUGACUCGAACUCUGUCUCUGGCACACUUGAACUCAGACGGAUCAGAAUCAGCCGGGGAAGGGGAACGACAGCGGCGUAAAAAUAGCUUUGUUUUAUAACUUCUGAUACCUGUGUGUCAGAACGGUAGGCCUCGCUGUCACUCAGGAGCGUGAGUGGGCUGAAUUUCGUGAGGAGAAACGGUUGCAAAAAGUGCCCCAAUGCACAGAAACCAAACAUUUACAACGGCAGCCAACUGUCGUCAUAAAAAAUUCAAUUGGAUUGUUAAAAAAUGUAUCCAGCUGUCAGUAAGUUGGUAAAGCUGGCAGGCGAAGUUUACCAAGGAGCCUGAAUGAGACGGAUAAUUUGUCUUGUGAAGUUACAUAGAUAUUUAAGGAGCAUAUUUCAUCUAUUAAUUAAUAUGUGUCUGCUGAACCUUCAGGUUGAUGUAUGAGAACAUAAAACUUCCCACCUGGGAGAGGUAUUUCACCCACCAGGCUCUGUGGGAUCCAGUCUCUCUUUAGCACCGACGACGACAGGAAAUAGAUUUUGUCAGCAAACAGCUCUUCUUGUGAAUGUCUAAACGCCUGAUUUGCUUCCCUCACUUCUCCGGCAAACAGCUGUCUGCAGAUUGAACGUUCACAACAUGCUCUGUUUGAAAGGAAACCUGUGACCUUGCUAUACCGUUUGCUGUAAGUGACACGUAACAAACACAAAGCGGAGAGGCAGCGAGAAGGAAAGGAAUCAGCGGUGAGGAAGCGACAGGCUUUAAAACAGUGACAAUCAUCAGCUCCUCUGAUGUGUCUCACUCAGCCGAUUUGUGAUCUGGAGAUGUGUUCAAGUUAACAAAGUACGCCGUGUUGAAUUAUCAGACAUCCUGUGAGUUUGACGGAGUGUUUUCUCUUUGUUUGAUCAUUUUAAGGAGUCUCCUGUUUAACAAAUCCUUUUGAGAGUGUGUCAGACAAUAUUUCACUCAUAUUUACAUCACACCGUGUCUAAAGUUUUAUCCUAAAUCAACAGAAGCAUCUGUCCAUGAUGAUUUUACAUAUACAUGGCACUAGAGCUGCACGUUUAAUCAGUUUCAAAUUGCAAUCAGAUUAUUUGAUUAUGACGAUGUUUAAGGAUGUAAUGAUUACCGGUAAAAUGAUUGACGGUUGGUACUACUGCAUGCAGCAGUCCUUCGGAUACAGGCACGCCAUGCGCAUGUACAUUGCUCAGUAUACAACUUUUAAAAAUGGCGGAGGGCAGUUCUGCCGACCGUGUUGCAGAGAUUAUUCAGCUAUCAAAGAAAACAAAGUCCAAAGUUUAGGCGUAUUUCGGUUUCUACAAAGGGUUGCCAGGAAGGUUUUGUGCAUCUCAGCAACCAGCGUGGCAUCCGAGAGGAUAUUCAGUGCCAGCGGGAACAUCGUUUCCCCUCGCAGAUCACGACUCAAACCAGGAAAGUAAAUAUGCAGAAAUUUUUACAUUUCAAUCUGAAGUAGUGAACAAAGUCAGCAGCAGCACCUUAUGGUGGAGAAAACCGACAAUCUGUGUAGUUCAUUUGAUUUGUUAACAUAUUUGAUGUUAUUUUAUGAAUGACGACCAUUUCAUCUCCGUGUGGAUGUCUAUCUGCAUCUCUGGAAACGAUUAUUUGACACACAGUGUGACUCUUUAGUGGCGCUUGGCUGUAUCCGGCCAAAACAACCUUUAUACCCAUGCUCUGCUCUCUUCUUCUGUCUUUUUUGCAUUUCCUGUGCAGCGCUACAGUCAGCCACUUACUGGCUUGGCAUAUGCUCUACAUCGUUUUAAGUUUUGUGAAGUUGUCAAAGAAUAAAAAAUCAAAAUCAAAAACCGAGUUUUCAGAGAAAAAAAGCGAGAUUUAGUUAUUGGCGUGCAGCUCUACGUGGCACAUUAGGAGGAAUAAUUCAAACAGUGAUAUCUUCGACUCACUCAAACCAAGGUUGAUUUUAGCUGAGUGGAGGAUGGCUCAAAGGUUUGUUACCGUCUGUCCCAAAUACUUUCAGACUUUCAUUAAACAGCCUCCGCGGGUGAAGCAGAACAAUGACUGCCUUUAUUUUAAACUGUAGUUUCAGGGUCAGCGGCACAUUCCUGUUAGCAGACCGGCACACAAGUCACACACAGAGCGGAGUUACUGUUCUGUUAAAUCCUGAGAAAACAACACCAGCAUAUGCCUCACCCCACACAAAGAAACUCUUUACACCUUUCGGUUUCACGUCUGAGGCAGAGACAAAUAGUAGGGAGUUUUAAAGUGUUUAAGAAAAUGUACACCAAAGGAGAUCUCAACGUGAGAAAUAAAUACAAAGUCUGGCAGACAAUCGGCGCUCAAGGGACUUUUUUUCUUCAUCGCAUCUCACAGAGAAGCGAGGGGGUGAGAACUAAAUUAUAAGAUGUGUCUUUCUUAUAUUACUGAGAGGAAAAUAAGGAUGCUACAGCUUGUUGAGUAUUACCAAGCUGUCGAAGAUUUAAGAGAUGGCUCUAGAGGACAGACAGCUUGUCUCACAGCUUUUCUUUUUUAUUUUGUCUGUUUGAAAACUUAGAUGGUUAGAUAUAAUAUACGAACACCAGAACUGUCAAUCAAACUAAACUACACAUGUGAAAGAUAUCUGGGCUUAAGACCCCUCUCUUUUGGGGCCCUAAAAUCUGAAAUCCUGUUCUGAGCAUUAUUUGUGGCUAUAGAGUGGCGUUUUGGUUGAGGUUUGUUUAUGGCUCCUCAGACUGCUGUGUAGUGCUAUAGUGAAGUCGUUACUAAAGUUUGAAUAACUAGAGAAGUAAGCAGUCGGCAACAUUCAUCUCUCGAGUGGGUGUCUAACUCAGUGUUAUGGUGUGUUUGACCCUAAAUUAAUUUUACCCCGGGAUAUCCCUUUAAGAGGUGACUAUUACAGACAUCAUGCUUUUAAGUCCUUGGAGGCUAAAGGUCAAUCCAAUCAGCCAAUCGGAUAGCUUUGUGGGCGGGACAUGCUCUUUAAUUAGCUAAUUUUAUCGGCCAUCUUUAAAAUGAAAGUACACGCUCAGGCCCCGAUUAAUCGCCAAGUCUGUUUAUAAUCUGCCAACCUUACUGGACAAACAAUUGGUUUUUAAUUUUCCAUUAUCAUAGAUUUUACUUCAUAUUAACAAUUAAUUUGAAAAAAUCUAUACUUGGUAAAAGACAUGAUACGAUAUAUCACCAGACAAAUUAUGGUGAUACUACGCUGUAUCGAAUUGGCAGAUACAUCUAAUUUAGAAUACAGGAUUGUGAUUGGAGGCUAAAAAAGCUGAUUAGGACAUCAGGACAUGAACGUCUUUAAACAGUGGGUUGUUUUUUAUCCAUUAAAGGGAUUGUUUCACCUUUAAUCUCAGUCUUUAAAAUAACUCAGUUCAUUUAUUCAUAUUAUAGGAUAUACAUCUGAUCUGAGCAAAAGGAAAACCUUCUCUCUCUUCUACCUUUGCCGUAAAAGGCUUCCUCCUGGGGGGUUAUGCUCAUCAGUCCAAAAGGCACAACAUCAGGGCGCUGCCCUUCCACUCCUAAAUGCCAUCCACGCUCAGCCGUGCUGAACCUCCUCAAUCCAUGCAGAACUUGAACCACUUUCACUCCUUCUAUGCUGCUGCAGGGUUAUCAGCAGGGGAAUUAUAGCAGAAAUCUUUUUAAAAAGAUAGCAUUUGGGAAGUCUUCCCGUGGAAUAACACAGUUGAGUAGCUGGUAAGCCAAUCACAAAGUGCACAAGCAAAAAGAUUUCAAGCCUGGCCACCCGCCAAACCAACAGACAAUAAAACACUUCAUGCUUGACAAGGCCGGCACAAAUUGGCCUAGUGGUAGGAGUCUCCCCUAGAAGCUGAGGCACCUUUGAUAUACAGUACGCCAGUUAACGUUUCACAGAGGACAGUUGGUUCUGCCGGAGACGUGUAGUUUUCCUCUCCAUAAGCUUUGAAAUGUCUGACUUUUAGUAACUCUUAUCAGCCCGUGUCCUCUGUUCUCACUUCUUAGAUUCACACCAGAUGGGAAAUAGGCUAAGGGGGAUGGUGGGGCUCCAGGAUCUGCCACUGAAAGUUUACACCCACUCAGUCUGUGUGUGACAAGUUUCUUUGACUUCCACAUCUGUGUGCCUUACUCUAUUAGCAGUAACAAACCCUGUAAAUACACACACCAUCUGGUUGCCAUUGAGUCUAAAGUACAGCAGAGAGUCUGGUCUCAGCUGAUAUAAUUCACAAUCUUUCAUGUUUUGAGGACGGUGUAUUCUCCCGGUGAAGAAGGAUUCCGAACAUUUGCUGAACGCGUGUUGGUUUGAGGUGAGCUAAUUGAGGUCUGCAGACCAACUGCUUUGAUAUUACAGAGAGAGCAGGAUUAAACCCUCUGGUCAUCUGCGCUUCCAGAUGCACACAGCGUGAUAGCUCUGAUCUGAAAAACAUUUUAGGAAUUUCCUUUUUGCCGUCUCUCACGUGACGCCGGGUGAAUUAUCGAAUAAAAGCUGCUCAGUGUAAAGUGCUCAGACAAAUAAGCAUUUUGUCUUUUCUAAUUUGACACUGGAAAUGAUUUCAGCCGGUGACAGACAGCUGAAUGUGUUUGGCACUUCUCCCCCUGACAAUCACACACAUCAGCUCCAUAUUUCAAUUUGUAUGCUGUCAUUUCUGAUUUUGGAUCUUUGUAGCUCAACAGGAAAUAAAAACUGGCCUGACACCAGCAUACAAAGAAGUUUAAAAAGCCUUAAUUUAAAAUGUGCAAAUAUUUCCAAUAUGAUUGAAGGAAAAGAGCUCAAAAACAUUUUUAAUAAAACAGCAAAAUAACAAUGAAGACAGCUCGUGAACCGUGAGAAUUUUUUAGUUCUUACCAUCUGGUUCUCCUCCCACUCAGACAGAACGGCCUGAUUCAGGUUAGGCCAACCAAAAUAGUUUAUCGGAAAAGGGGCCACGCUGAUAAACAAAGAAACCAACAGUGGAGAACCACUGAGGCAUUUUUGUAAACAACCAAGAUGGCUGCCGCUGAUGUGGCAUGCUGUCCCGGGUCAGACGUGAAGGAAGUGGGCAAAGUCUGGGUUACAGAAGCAUGAGUAAGUUUGAUCAUGAUCGGUUUCACGUCAGAACCUGCUCUUUGUAGACUCGUGUCAGGUCAGAGACAGAUGUUUGUGACAGGAUGAGUUUUGUUGUUUCUUAUUUAGCAUAUGCUUUGUAUCAUCUUUUAAAUGCUCCUUAAGCUACAGUGUGCAAUAUUCUGCCCAUCUGUGCAAUAUUUGGUAAACUAACACUCCUGAUUUCGUACACUUUCUGCCCUUAAUGCCUAUAAAUACCUUAUUUCUUGUUAAUAGCUUUAUUUCUAAUAGUCUGCACUUUACUUACUGUUGCAGUUUCUUGUCUAUUCUUAAUUAUUCCUUUUAAAGUCCCACUCCAAUCAUUUUUUUACUACUUAAAGUGUUUUCAUUGGUCUUAAAAUUGUGAUUAUGGUGUUUAUUUUCAACCAAAAUCACUUUACCUGUGUCAUUUUCAAAGACUUUUCUUCUGCAGAGCUCCAGUAGCUCAUCAGUAAUUCACCUCUGAGUCGUGGGCGGAGACAGCGCUGCUCUGCACACUCCUCUCCACGUUAGCUUGUACCCUAACAUUGCUGGUGUAGUAGAAGCAGCAGGUAACAUUAGGGACAUGAUGAAAGUUAUUAUCAUAAUUAGCUUUCUUACUAGCACUGCUAAUGCACACACUUGUUCCGCGAUCAUCCUCUAUUUCUCCGAGUCUGGCCUGCAUAGUGGGGCUUUGUGGGCGGAGCUUGGAUUUGUGACAUAGGAAAUCUCACUGUGUCUGAACCUGCUGUUUGGGUCUGCCAGAGAUUCAGAGUGAUUUGAAUGCAGAAAUACUCAGAAAUGCGAUUUCACAUUUAUUUUACUCAUGAUAUGUCCUGUAGCAUCAGAAAAAUGUCAUAUGAACUUGUAGACAACAAAAACAUGAUUUUCAUCGUGUUUCAUCAUUAGUAUUUCACUCUUAGAUUAUUAAAGUUUUUACUGGUUUACAAACAGAUUGCACAGUUGAGUGUAAUUAUAUGCAGUAGAGAAGUUUACAGGGACAGACCGAGUGUGUGACGCUCAGAGGGCGGAGUUUUAAAGUUCGAAUGACUUCCUGUGAGUUAUGCUUUUAUAACCACAUUCACUUUCAUUGUGUUGUAUAGCUAUGUCCAUUUUCAUUAUAGGAGAUGUCAUUCUCAUUUAUUUGUCCUGUUACUGUGAUAAAGACUGACCAUGAUCAGCUGUGUUCUGGUGGUGAAUGAGGAAUAAAACUCAAUAAUACUUAUAAUAAAUAAACCUUUCUCCUCAUAUUUGACACCUCUACAUAGAAAACAUUUAUUUUAUCAUUUCCAUUCGAAAAAGGUCACCACGUUUAACACGGUAUAAAACCUCCUUACAGUGUCUUUGAACCUGUGUUUAUUGCAUAAAGACUUUCUCCUAUAGGAUCACGAUCCUGCAUGUCUACAGGGCAACAGUUUAAUAAACACAUACGAGCCCUAACCCAGCUUUAUUUCAACAGGCAUGACACUAUAUCACAGGCAAGCAAACCGCUCAAAACAUAAACAACAGAGAACCCUCAUGGGAGCCACACACCCGCCACUAUCUCCAUUUCAGCGACUGCUUCAUGUACACGACUCACUCACCGAUGAAAUGUGCGGGGCCAACGUGUCGCCGCCGCCGCUCUGGUGCUGUUCAGCGACUGUGAGUGUGUGAGCAGAGGAUUCGUUUUUAUAUCAGAGCUCAUAAAGGUUAGGGGAGGAUGCCUUUUCAGUUUGCUGCAGGUGCAGUCCUGCAGCAGAUUAAGCUCUGUGAUGAGAUUGUUACACUCUGCCUCAGAAACACACACACACACAAACACAAACCGCUGUCUUCAAAACAAUGUGCAGACUGAGUGACUGAACCACACAGCCGUAACAGACCCUCUUUUAGCAGAGGUCACAUCACGCCGUAAACAGGGGAAUAAGACGGCUUAUUAUGCCAUUAGCAUGAAGGUAAUGAUGUUUGUUAUUCUUUUAAUUCAUUCAUUAGGGUGCAGACUUACACCCACAUCAUUGUGUAAGACCGGUUCCUGUAUGUCGCUGCUGUGAGUGAGUGUGGUUGUCAUCAGUGUGACUUUGCUGUUAUUACUGCUAAUAUGACUCACGACAAAGAGGGGCCGAUUCUUUCCAUGGAAGGAAAACACACCCACACUUUCCCUUUCAAACUCCCAGCUUUAACAGUCUAUGAGUGAAAGCUCCCCGUGUCCUGUCAGUGAAGCGAUGGUGACCACAGAAGAUCCUGUGAUGCUUGAUUCGUAAAUUUAUCAGGCUUUGCAGAUAUGGGAUCUAGAGUUUGGACUAUCAAUCAAAUGGUCAAUAAAUACUAUCAAUGAAUCAAUGAAUCUUUAUUUAUAUAGCACUUUUUAUGUAACCCAAAGUGUUUUACACAGUAUAAUAAUAACCGAAUCUACCCCAACCUAACCCCUCAUUUCCACCCCACGAUCUAAACGCAACAGAAACAGGAUUACAGUGGAUUAACUUCAAAAGGACUUGAUUUCACGUUAACAGGAAUGUGCGCACUGAGGAAACACAGGAGGUUUAAAAUAUAAAAACAAAGUAGCAUAGAAUGAAAUUUAAGAGAUAAUAGAUAAAAUGAAAUAAAAACAACAGUAAAAGAUACUAAAAUAAGACGAUUCUGUCAUUAAAACUAGAAAGAGAUAAAUGCUAAAACACUUAAACAAAGUUAAUGAUAUAAAAUUUAGUUAAAAGUAAGACUAAAAAGGUACGUUUUGAGUUUGGGGUGUACUAAGGGUCUCCCAAUACACCUUCUUUACCUCUGAUACAAUACCAAUAUUGAUCCGAUAUUAGCACAAACUUCUGUAUGACAAGUUUUGCUCUCAGCUGCAACGUCUUUUUCGGAAUUUAACGAAAAAUACUGCCACAGGGCCGACAUCACUGCUACUCCUUGCUACUUUGUUCGUACCUUAGUACAGAUUAUUGUGAUUAUAUGGACUCUACAUGCUGGAUCCGGGUGCUGCCAGAUAGAGGUGCCGGAGCGGAGUCCGGAAUGGACUGCCUGUAUUGGAGUGCAGAUAUCAGAGAUUUUAGAUGCAGGCUGAUAUUUAUAAUCCGAUAUUUGAAUUUUUGGUGAUAUCGGCCCAAUAUCAAUUUUGACACCCCUACUAAAUACAAACUUGUCACUCUGUGCUGUGAAAGUUUCCCACUCUGAUGUAAACAUAAAAGAUUCAUUUUAAUUAGACCAAAACUAAAAGAUAUGUACAUUUAGAUGAUAAUACAUUCAUUUAAAUUACACAUCUAUUGAGGCUGAACGCAGCCAAGUACCACCGACUGAACCAUCAAAAACUAUCUUCGUGGAUUGGAGCUCGAAAGAAACCCUUUGUGACAUAAUGUUUGAUCUGAACAGAUGGGCAGAUUCACUUGGUUCUGCUUUUGUUCCGGAUCCAAACCUCAUGAAACAUCUUUGAAACCCUAGAUUUGUCUCCUAGAGGCUCAUUAUUUUUUGUUUUGGGACUCUUGGACUCUUCAUCGUUUAAUUUACUCUACCUGUCUGUGCAAACAUACAAAGUCUGAGAGAAAUUGAUGCCGUGGCUUACUUUAUGGCAUCUCUGAUUUUAUAAAAGUAUAAUCAGUUGCAGUGCGUUUACAAUAGAAAUGGGAGAUAGUGAGAUUGUUAUGCGGUGCUUUGUGUACAUCCCAAAAGGCAGUUCUUGUUAUUUUCUUCCUCAGAUGUAAAGCUGUCUGUGAAUCUCUGGCCUGUUCCUGUGAGAGGCAUUUACAAACUUGUUAAAGUUGGCAGAUUUUAACUGGCAAGCACAGACCAAUUAAACACCCACUUGUAAAAGCCCUGGUGUCUUUUUCCGAACUGCGCUCUCUGCCUGGAUCAACGUUUGCUUGGAUAUUUGUAUGAGAGAGCGAAAAAGAAAUGCCACGAAACAACAGAAAAAUGGGUUCCUUUGAAUGAUAGGCGAGCUUUUAUGACCUGCGAAAUAAGAAGAAGAAAAGGGGGAGGAGUGUGUUUGUAGAUGUGUUGGUGUGUGCUUAUUAUAAAAAGAGAUUUGGCUGAUUCACAGUGAAGGAGUAGAGCUUUGGGUGAAUUGAACUUUCUUGUAUCUUAUGGACGUUGUUAAAAUGAAAUGGGAAUGAAGCCUAUAAAAGUUAUAUAGAUUUAUAGUUAUAGACUUGCAGAGUGUAACCAGUGAGUCAAAGCAAUUCACCGCUCAAUGCUUCAGUGAUUAUAACCUGUAGACAUACAGGAGCAGAAAUCCACAAACAGGAAUGGAAAGAGCUGAUACAAGCUACAGUAAAUUUGAUUGAAGUGGGAAAGAAAGCAUUUUGCAGUUAUUGGUGUGUAUGACUAACUAGAGGUUACCCAGAAGAUGGUUAUUUAUGUACCCAUGAGGAGGGGGUUACAUGAGGAGGACAGAUGAAAAGGGUAGAGACCACAUUUUUUAAAAAAGGGGACAGUGAUAAAUACCAAUUGGUCAUUUUGCACUUUUGAUUCCGGUCCGACCUUGACACCACUCUGAUCUGUCUCUGCAAAUUAACCUCCAGGUUUGACUUCUGAUCCCGCUGAUAUUUGGACUGAGAAACAGCAGAAGCAAAAGGCAAAUGCAGCACAUUGACAUUCCUCCCCCUAUCUGGUAAUGAAAUUGCUUAGCGCUAUUGCAUCCUUUCAAGCAUCACACUGUGCUCGCUCAUAUGGAUUUAAUCCUGUUUAGAGAGGCUGUUGCUGACGGCAGUCGGCACAAUGCCAGUAAGAAAGUAAUCCAUUGAGUCUUAAAUAAGUUGGCCUCUCACAAGUAUAAAUAUCUAAAUCAGCUUAUUGGAAAUUAAUAAUCCGAACUGAUCUGAAAUCAUCAGCACUUCAGAACUCCACAUGCUAAUCACAGUUUUUACUCUGCUGCUAGAUUCUGCUUUUUGAUCAGACUGUCUUCUAUUGGUUUGAAUUGAAGCGCAUAGAAGCGCAUCAAUUCUGGGACUUUUUACUUUGUAUAUCAAUGAUGUGGUCUCCUCUUCAAAUAACUGCCCAUGUCUAUGUCAAUGACAUGGUUUUAUAUAGUUUUGCAGAUUCAGUAGAACUAGCUAUCAAAUACGAAAGAGGGUUAGGGCCACAAGAAGAGAUAAAAAAAUUACAGGAGGGAGGUUGGUUGGUCUUCUCUUGCGUAGAGACGUAAAAAUCAUUAGUUUUUGUUUAUUCUCAAGCCCCUCAUUGGGAAACUCCCAUUUUACAUGUCAAUCUUGUUGGCGUGUAACCUUCUCAUAUACACGACUUUAACUUUAAAAUCCCUCGAGUUUAUGGCGAACUUGGAAAAACAAAAUUUUCCUUUGAAGCCCCGAACUCUUGGGAAGUCCUCCAACAAACGUAUAAAACUGAAGCUCUUCCCUCUCUUGCAGAGUUUAGGACUUUGGUUGGUCAAAUAUCUCAUUUCAGAUUGUACAUGUUUUAAUUGAGUCCAUUGUUUUGUGAAGUUUCUAUAAUGCCCCUUCAAGAAUAAAUAAAGGUUUAAAAUGAAAUUUGCUUUCAGAGAGUUUAUGUGAAGACAGAUUGUAGUCCUGAUCCAUCCAAACCAUGUGGGCGGUCAGGUUACACAUUCAACACAUUAUAAUUCAACAGUAAAGUAAAGUGUAUCUUUUCCUGCUUUAAUUCAAUUCUAAACAUUAGACCCUAAUCUUAAAGGCGCUAUAUUUAAUUGUCCUGUCCAUUAGACUGAAAUCAGAGGAGAAUAAUGGUAUUAAGAAUUUACAUUUAAAGCAUGGGGGGAUACUGUAGUCUCAGUUUCACUGAAAGCGUGGCAGAUAAGACAGGAAACGGCUGUAUCACUGUGGCAGAGUUGAACAAUUCUUGCUGUUGACACAGUAGAUAACAGGAUGACUGGAGGAUUAUAAUAGCUAGAUUUGAUGACCGCCAAAUGUCCUCUACGCUCCUAAUGGAGUGUCAUUUUUAACCAAAUUGCCUUGGUUUAUCUUAGUGAAGUGCUCUCCUCCAUAUGCUGCUGUGAUGCUUUUAAACCCCAUCUGCUGAUGAUGGAGAUUUUUUUUUACAGGUCUGGUGUGUAAACGCCGUGUGGAGAGAUUUCCACAUACGAUUUUAUUUAUACCUAACAGCUGAGCGCUGAAGGUUAAGGAUAAUUUUAAUAUAUUAACCGGUGGCCUCCCAAUUAAACUAUAAUAUGAAUGCAUGUGAUGAAAAGCGAUGACCUUUUUUAAAGUUGUACCUCUGCAGAGUGUCGACCUGUGUCUCAUUAAAAAGGCCCCCAAGUCUACAGGUUUUUGCUCCAAUUAACAGGACCUCAUUAUUAGUUUAUCAUAGAUUUUUACCUCAUUAGUCCAAAGAUAUUUAAGUCCUUAAUUGUCAAAAAUGUUUGCACUUUGGAGGUGGUGUCAUAACCGCUCAAAUGAGUGGUGUUUAGUGAACGGAUGCUCUAUUUUUGGUGAUAUACAAACAUGUACGUGAUCCUGCUUCUGUGAGAGCCUGCUGCAGAGUCUGUCAUCUCCGUUUGCUGCUCCCUAUGGAGUAAACAAAGAUGUUUAUUAUUAUAUAGGCAGCAGUGACUGCAAACACAUUAUUAGUCAGCAAAUAUUUGUAAUUGUAACGUUGUGUGAGCUAAACCAGAUUAUAGUUUCCCAUGUGAAACAUCAGUGAGUUUGAAGGACCGCAAAUAAAACUGUGUAAUUAAAGUCCAUUAUUACAACAAAGCUACAAAUUUACUCCACAGGCUUACGACAUCUCAAAGCGCUGCAUGUAAAAGGAUGAGGGAACAUUUCAGGCUCGGAGAGAGAUUGCAGCUUUCUUUUGAAGUCACUCGUUCUGGUUGGGUGACGGGGCUGACAGGGUUAUUUUGGGACAAUGAAAAUACGCUGUGAUUAAUGGUUCAAAACAGAAACACCAUCCCGAGACAGUGUGAGUUUUCUGAGCGCUGUAGCUGAUAGUCCAUCUGAGCCCGCACCUCUAAAUUAGCGCUGGUAUCACAGAUGUACGAUAGAGCGGCGCCCUCGGUUUAUCACACACACUCUCACGGCGCACAAUAACGCCUUAAAUCAGCCUAAGAGUCGUGUCACCCGUGACAGCGCCUCCCGUGGAGCGGCCCCACCGCUCUGAUGUCAUCUGAUCACAGUGGAUGUGGAGCCAAUCCACAGGAAAUUCACAGGCACCUUAAUGGCGCCUCUUCUGAAACGCUCGAUGGCAACAAUUGAGCGUGGAGUGUAAUUGGUACGAUACAUCUCACCUGAUCUGUUUCUGUCUGAAAUGAGAGGGAAGGGGCCCCGCGAGAGAGAGACCUUUUCCUCCUGUAUGAUGCAGGAGAGGUCACGGUUAUGUGGAGACAUACCUGAAAGAUUUAAAUGCGUUGCAGGCUACACUUGUAAAGCCCUUUUCGUCUGCUGCUGCUGUGUCAUAUUUCAGCCAGAUUUGACAAUGCUGGUGCUUCACAGCUCCCAUAAAAAGGCUUCAUUUUCUUCUGUCUUGCAGAGCCAUUGUCGAGUGCUCUAUCUCCUAUCUCUGCAGCCCUCACUUUGGCUACCUCACAGUCACACAUUGUUCAUUGUCACGGGCUUAAGAGAUACUAAUGAAUGUGAUUGCUCUAUCCUCCACUUGUGCUUGGGCUCAAUGCAUAUGUAUUUGACUCAGGAUGGAUCAUUCUUGGUGCUUAAUUUCCUGUGUGUCAUACUAAAGCGAGACCGCUACAAUAGAAGCGAAUGACUACUAGAUUAAAAGUUUUUGUGAUGUAUUUCUUUCUGAGAGUCAUUUUGAAUUAUUCAGAGGGUUACAAUAGGUCAGAUCACACCUUUCAGUCUGACAUCUUCCCCCCUCUUUAUCAUCCUUUAUUUUCCUUUUCAGAUCCAGAAUGCAGAUGACGUGUUGAUUACUCCCUUGGAGAAAUUUCGGAAGGAGCAAAUCGGCGCCGCCAAGGUAAGAGACCGCCCACGCGCGCAAUUAGCAAUCGAAACAGCGGAGGGUAUUUCAUGUGUUCUGACAUCCUCGCCUCCCGUCCUCACCCCCUUUAUCUCCCCCAUGGUAUGUAAAUCAUUAAUUAAAAGCAAAAUCUGACACUGCCAAGACAAGUGACUUAAUCAGAUGGAUAGGGGGCAUAAACAAAGCUGUCAGUCUGCAAGCGCGAUAUUAAAAAGGUAUUAAGACAUGUAGGGUGGCGAGGACAUCCGUUCAGACGUAACUGAACUUUCUGUUCAUUGCAGAUAAAAACCAACAAGAGGGGAUUUAAUAUCAAAAACAGAAACAAUAAUGAAUAUAUCACUGCAUCCACCGGGUUUGUAUGUCUUUAUGCAAAUAGCAAGUGUGAAAAUGUGCAAACUGCAAAGGCAGUUGGUCUCAGUCUUCAGUAACAAGGUCUAUACGAGCUGUUCUCCCCGCUAAGAUGCCUCUGCAGGAUCAAGCAGCAUGAAUGUUUCAGCUCUCUGAUAUCUUUAACAGUAUCUCAUAUAUUAAAGUGGCCGUUUUUGUUAUCAGAUUACUGCAAUCCUGUUAUAUGUAAUGCGAUACCUCCAUAACCUUCUCGGUGUAAUGGAUGGGUAUCAGUGGGGCUUCUGCAGAGUGUUGCUGGAAGGCAUCCUGGUUCCACAGUGGCUACGGUGUUGAAGUCGGAGUCGGCUGCAAAGAACAGUGUGGGCUUGUUGCUACAAGCCAUACUUUCAUUCCUGGCCAACGCAAAGGCAUAAAAUGAAAGUGGAGCAGCUUGUUUGUGGUCAUUCCCGUGGUGAGUUCACACAUGAACGAGCUGCCUGUCCACUGAUCUCCCACUGAGUUUCAGAGUCCACUGCUAACUACUCUCUGCUCUGUGAAUCAUUUGCACGUCUUUGCAUAGCUCUAACCACUGUGUGGGACAUCGCAUUCUCCAAACCGCACUCCCUCUUAUCUUAAUUUAUUUUACGUAACUCUACAGAAGAGGUCAUUUUUAGAUUUCUGUUGGCGUAACUCCUUUGGCUAUUUCUCCUCUCUGUAGUAAGGUGUGACGUCAAUCACUCUCCUUUAGACUGAAUAACUCUCGUCACCUCGUGUCUCAACUAUCAGAAGUACCUACUGUAAUGAAACGGCCCAUCUCGCUACCAUCCCUCUCUCCCUCUCCCUCCCACUUCAUCUCAGUGUUAUUGCACCGACUCUCUGUGUUUAUAAAAUGGUUUCUUAAAAGCCACAGCCCCCGUCACUCCCACUACCUCUUAUAUCCUUCGACCACUUCCUCCUAAUGGCUCUCUCUCCUCCUCGGCCCAUCCCCCCCGCUGAACAUUAGCCCAACUAGAGUGAGAUAAAAGGCAGACAUCACGAGUGGCUGUGCAACUUUCCACUCUUCUGAGAACAUGAGAGAGAUCUGCAGGCUGUCUGACCCUUCCAGCUCCUGCGCUUCGAGUCUGAGAACGUCAGACGGACAAACGGGGAGCUCUUGCCUUAUUUGGGUAUACAGCGAGUAAUCCCACUGAGGUUACGUACCAGUGUAUCAGCUUCCUAGGCACAAGCAACAACACUUCAUGGCUGUAAAACACCAGCAGAUUGACUGCUGCGCUAUUAGGCACAGUCUGUUUCACACAAAGGAGAACCAACUGUUUCUGUAUAAGAAGUAAACUUUGAGAAAAACCACGAAAAUCUAAACCAUCAUGACUUCUAACUGGGAUGUGUUCUCGCCACAGGUGCUAGACGUAGACGAGAAGUCAUUUUCACGCUUCUUGAUGACUUUGAAAACUGAGAAGAGGAAUGGAAAUAUGUCCUGGUUUCAGAGUACGCUUCCUGUUUGUCUUCACUGCAUCUUCUCUUCUAUUUAUCCAGUAAAGUGCUAAAUGUUGAGCCGUAACUUCGACCUGAACUUUCGCUCUGAACUCGCAGCUCUGAGGGCUGCAGUGUUGAUCUUUUUGAACCAUUGGAGGUAAACCGCCUCAAGCUGGCUCCACACUAUUUCUGUGAGUGUUUGUCAGCUGUCAUAUUUUUAAGGCCUUGAAAUUUAAACAGACCUCAGGGAUACUUUGUCAAGAAAAUACCAGGAGGUGUCAAACUGGUGGGUGGCAGUCCUGCUCUCUGAAAUAUUUGACUUCCUGCACAGAUCUUCAGCAUCAGGGGCACCGUGGGGGUCCCCUCCUAGCUGAGUGUGUAGAAUUAGUGCUAACAGGCCCAGAUGGGAGUCAGAUGGCCACUGAUAAUUUGAGCUGUUCUCAUCCUACAAAGAGAGCAAGAACAGUCGGAUAGUUUUUGGCUAGUUUUUUUUUGCCUCCAGAGGCAGAACUGACAUUUGCUUUCAUGUUAUUAAAUCCCAAAAUAUGCUAACCAGGAAGCCGUGGAGUAAAGGGCAGCAAUCAGGGAUAUGAACACCAGCUGUGGGCUGCAUUUCCACCAUUAAAUUCGGACAGUGUAUUUUUAUUCUUUAAUAAACCUUGGGAUGUUGUGGUUAAUGACUGAAGGUCUUUCCUUCCAUUAUUCCUGAGCUGUGUCCAACGCUGUAAAUUUCGGCUCGGCUAAAGUUGAAGUUCCAAAUAUGCCGUAAUGUGAACGGUAUCCUGUAGAGUACCAGUAAAACAAUCAAGUGGUGUUUCAGAAAAACCUCAUACUGUGUCAGAUUAAGUCAGUUUUAGUCAUUUUAACCAGAGGUCAACCGAUUACAGUCAUUUCAUUGGUGUAGGUACCAGAUGUGUUCAGGCUGCCAGAUCGGCUCAGGGCCCAGCGCCUGUUGAAGAAGUCACACUCCGGCAAGUCCACUCAGACAAACUACACUACGCUCCAUUUAAUAAGUCAAAUGUGCUCGGUUAAAAGCCCCUUCUUUGUUCUGUUUGUUCAUUCAAGUGACCUCGAAAUUUUCUCUCCAUGUAAUACAGAGAAUUAGAACUUACAGUACUGUCAUUUUUUUUAGCUUUAAUUGUAUUUGUUAACUUUUCUAAAGGAAAAAAAAAAGUACGCAGGAUCUCCGUUUAUCAAUGGAUAGUUUUGUUUUUAUUCCACAUUUCCUUAAAGAGGCGGUUGUCCGGCUGUCAUAAGUCCCCUUCCUCCAAAGAACUACAAUCCCAUGAAACCUAAUCUGGUGAAAACUGCUUCUGUAAUGCCCAGACCAACCACAAUCCUUUAUGUCAUCUGAACCAACUUCCAGCCAAUUAUGAUUGUAACGUCAUCAAUACGUGGUGAGCCCCGAGCCGAUCUGGCAGACUGAACAAAUCUGGUAGCUACAACGAUACCGAUGAUGACACAGAAGAUCAGACUGAUAUUGCCGAUAUGACAUAGUGUUGUUUUUGCAUUUGACAAAUUUUAAAAAGAAAGUCAGCGUGGUUCUACCUGGCUUCACCCUCAUAAGGUUGGACAGAGAUGCUAAAGCUAGUGGCGAGAAGAAAGGAGGAGGUCUGGCUUUAUUAGUUUUCCAGAGAUGGUGUAACUCUCCACACAUAACUGUCAAGGAGAGGAUGUGCUGUCCAGAUAUUGAACUGUGGCCCUUAGGGGUUCAGUCAUAUCAUAACAAUACUUGUUUACAUCCCACCCAAGGCAACGGCUGAAGUUCCAUGUGAUGUUUUCCAUGACACAAUCGCUAGGAUAUGGAUUCAUCCACUUCAUAACAUCUUGAUGAACCUAAAUAAAUAACAGACAGACGUCUCGUCUCUUCACUGCAGGACAGAGAGAUCCAGAAGAUCUUUACUUAAUUCUAGAUGAGAUGAGAUUCCAGACAAACGAAUUUGCCUUUUGGGAUCAAUAAGGUUCAUGUAUUGUAUUUACAGAUUCAUUAUUCCACACUUAUUCAAAUCUAAUGGUGGUGGGUUUAGAGGAAGUAUGACCUCCCACUCUGUUGUGUUAUUCUUAUUAGACAGCACUAAUCACGUCUUUCGUGGAUCACAGAGUUAUCACUGUUUUAGAGUACAGCCUAGUUCUACCAUCCAAGUCCGAGCACUCACAGAUGUUUAAAAAAAGGAACAGAUAUGUUUUAGACAUCUGAACCAUACUGCAGUAUAAUAAGGUCGUCUAAUUAAACUGACAGCUCUGAAAAUGAAAGUCAGACUCUAACUUUAGAUGCGUUUCAAAAACAACCAAACGCACGAACAAGGCGAGCGUGUUUAAUAUAUUUCUUUUCAUUAUUCUCAUGUCUCUUCCAUCACUCCCCACUGUGCCCUACCUAAUAAAGCAGAAACACCAUUAUAGAAUCUUUCAGAAAGUAAUUACUUUUUCUCCUGAUCACCAGAAUUUCACGAGGCAGUCAAAGUAGACCUUGAGAGGUCAAUCUUUACCUGUUUGAAGGCUGCUGCAGCUUCUCACUGCAAAUAUAUCAGCUCCUCGCUGAGACAUUGAGUUUGCAAAAACAACACGUAUGGAGAAAGUCGAACGCUGUGAGUCAUCUGACUGCUGAGUUUACCAAAUAUUUAUGGUUACGCUUGAACUGAGACUCUCUAGAUUCCUGUUCUCACACUGAUCCACUUAAUUUGAAGGACAGAUCUGGACUUUGAUCUAACUCACAGUGUCUGAGUUAUACUGGGAUGAAACAGAGACUAUAUGGAGGAUAAACUGUAGUUCUUCUUUGGUACAUGUUUACUGAUCUCCAGUCACCAGUGAUCAUGUCUACUGUCACUCAGUCUGUCAUUGUCUGGAGGUUUAACUGUUGAAAUGUUGAAAUAAUCCUUUCAAUAAGUAGACAGAUAACCUAACAGUCAAACAUUUCCUUCCACUUAAGGCUCAUUUAUGCUCAACGUUACAUACGGCUCCGGAUACGGACGUAGGGACGUAGCUCUCCAUCUGUUCUUCGCGAUCUUUUCGUCCAUAUUUCUCCACGUAUCCCUGAAGUUUACGGAUACGGUCCAGGCAGGGCAGUACCACCGGAAAGUGUGGGGGCAGUGUUGCUGCUGUCACCACCCGAUACAGAUCUCUAGAGAGAAACGAAGAAGACAAUGGCGGGCUUCUUGAAGAUGGCCGUCAAUUUCUCUCAUCGGUACUACAGGGCUGCCAAGUUUCAGAAAAUGACAAGAGUGAGACUUCAGUCUAAUGAUGUAAAUUUUUGCCUUUUUUAACGUCGAUUUAUACCUUCAGACAGAUGUCUUCACCUCCAUGCCAGCUGCUCUCCCUAAUGCUAGUCUUUUAUUUGUCAAUACUGCAUUAUGUCAAGUGAGUCUUAAAUGUCGGCACUGUUGCGUGUGAAAGAUAGUUAGAGAUGCAAGACCCGCCUUACGUUGCUUCUGAUUGGUUUAUUGCGUGGUGCCUUCUGUGGUUGGUUAGAUUUAGGCAGAGAGGACUGAUGGAUUGGUUAUCUCGGUCAGUCAAUCAGAGUUAGGCGAAUACGGCAAGCCAAGUUUAUUAUCAUGAAAAAAAUAAAUACAGAGUAUUAAAUGGGGAAAUAUAAGCGUGAUAAAUGUCAAGUGUGGCAUGUGGUGUGAUUGUCACACUUAAAGCGUGACGCUCGGCAGGUCUGGUACUACUAGAGAAAAGAAUAUCUGUCCUCCAACCGCGAGGCCUUUAGUGGGCUGACCGUCCACCGCCACCUCCAACGCUGCCUCUGUUUCUGUCUCCUAUGCUAAAUAUACAUUAUCACCUCCUCCACAGUCGCCGUGUUACUUUUUGUUUGUUGUUGUCAGAAACGUUUGACUCUGGUCUGCCCCCUGGUGGAUGUAAUGGUUAACAUCAAUGCUAACUUAAAGUACGCAUGGAAGUAUGUGGGCAGUGACAGAACCGUCGUUUGAAACAGAUGCAUACAUUUUCAUACGUGUGGCGAGCAUAAAUGAGCCUUUAGCUGGACACAGUUAUAUUUUGAGUGGAAAAUGAAGUUGUUAUCAAACUUCUUGUUGAGCCUUCAGUAAAAAAAAAAAAGUCUGGAUUUGUGAUAACCUGAGUGCAGACAGAGAUAACAUGUUUGUCACCUCAGAAAUGUGAAAAGGGUUUUCUGAGGAAGUGCCUUAGUCACAGUUGUAGUCAUGACAACACUGGCCAGUGACGCCGUCCAAAGUAAACAAUCCUCUGAGAUUUCCAAACUUCCUGAUGAUUCAGGUUGUCUUCUCGCUCUCGUUAUCUCUCUGGUUCGGCGCUGAGACGAAAGUACAGGCAGAUCUUUUUUGACAGUGAGAAGCCCAAGGCGACACUAUAGGAUUGGGUGUAGAUGUAUACUCAUGCAGAGCCUGUAAAAACCUUUUCUGCAGCGUGAAAAUCAAGAAGCCUUUGAAGGUGAUCCUAUGAAGAUACCAGCUUUAUUCUGCUGCACAGACUUCUCACUGUCACCAGCAUGGUUCACACAUUAUAUGGAGUUUUUUAUUUAACAUAUCAUGUGUCAGACUGAGCUGAGACACUAUUUAAUGCUUAUUUCCCUGACUAAGCCCUGUGGUUUACCUCGCACACGCACUAAACAUGUCUUAUUUAGAAGUCUGGGUAUUUGUUUUUCGACUCCUCAGAAGCAGAUGUUUGCAAUUAUUCCGUGUUAAUUGGCCGACUUUUCGAGCUGUCUGUGAUGUCUCCGCAGGAGUUGCGAUUUCAGGUAAAAAGGGAAACAUCUUAUGGCUUUACAGCGAAGCAACUGAACUCAGACCGAAGCCUCGUGUUCUCCCCUGUGGAAGUGAGACUUGCUGAUGUGUGGUGGAGCAUCAAAAUAACCCGGCUACCGCUUCCUAAUCGCCAUCUUGGACCUGUGCUCCAAUUAGUCGUCCCCUAAUGAGUUCACGGACACAGUUUUAUCCCACAGCUUCAGCAAAGGUGUUGGACAAGAGUAAGGACCACGAUGCGCUCCUUCUUCUGCAUAAAAGCACAGACACAUAGGAGCUUUCUUUAUGCUUACAUCUGUAACCAUGGCGAUGAGAGUUACAGGGGUGAUAGGCCUCGGGUGUCAAACUGGUAAUGCACCAAAUAUUUCUCUUGCAUCUUUUCUAACACACUCUCUCUUUAGCAAACGGAGAUCAUGAAACCAGAAGAAAGCUGCCUGCAGUUUAUCUCAUUAUUUCUCUCACUGCGAUGUUACAUUAUCAAUUAGCAAACUCACCCGAACUACAGCUGGCAUCAAAGAGCUUUUAACAGCAACAUGAAGCUUGCCAGUCAGAAAAUUCCACCACAGAUGAAUCUGCAUCAGAAAAAAAAUCUCAUCCUGCGUCUGAUUUAUUCAUGAGCGCGAACAAAGCAAUCAGAUGAGGAAAUCUCCCAAGUGGUGGGUUCAUGUGUGUUUUGUGCACCGCAGAGUGUUGGGUGGUGCUCGCUCGCUCGCUCGGGCUCCAUCCAUCCCCUGCCAGCUGAUUACUCAGAGGUGCUGGCAUUAGUUUGUGUCAGAAACUUUUGUGCUCCAGGGUAUACAGAUCUAUCCACAUCUCUGUCCUCUGCCACCAUGUGUUUGGCUUCAAAGCCUUCAGCUCGCACCGCUCCGUUUUAAAUUGCACAUACUCCUCUCUGAUUGCACAAACAUAUCCAGCGGGUUGAGUUAGAUGGGCGAACAGACAAACACCUGGCGUUCUUCAAGGGUGUCAUUACCAUCGCACGAGUUUAUACAUGUCCAAAACAAAGCGAGGCACUUUAGGUGACUUAACGAGGGUGGCUCUGCAGCUCUGAGUCACUCUGUGCGAGUGUGAGAGGUACGAGGGAGGGUUUCUGAGAGGAGGUUUUGAGAGUCUACUCGCUCCGGUCAGCAGCGUUGGGCGAGUCCUGUUGUGACUGCAGGGCUCAGCUAAACCUAGAGGACUUAAUUUAAUGUGAUCUCUAGUGCGAGUGCAUGCUUGUUGUGCUCGUAUGCCUGCAUACAAAAUAAUGUCACAUACGCAGCCCUCAGAAUGGAUUCUUAAGGCUCGUUUAUAUUCCUGCCUGCAAGACUUCAUUUUUUAAACAUUUGUGUAUUUUUUCUAUCCACCUGUUAAUUUUUCUAUUAUUCUCCUGAACAGUGGGCACAUACAUAAUUGAUUUUCCUCCCGACUGCUGGAGAGAUCAUUGCUGGGUCAGACAUGACAGGAAAGAUGGAAAUAAGAUGCUACUACAUGAAAUUAUCUAUUGAUUUUUGUGCCGUACUUGUUCUAGUUAUGUAGGAGGGUUACAGUGACUCGAGGUGGAUUCCUCCAGUGUGGUUAACUGCUGUGGGGGUUGCUGAGGCAGAACACUCUUCUAGGUCAUAUCAGUAGCUGGUAGAUUAGACUUGCUAAAUUUCAGGGCCAUGGGAAUGAAAACAAACAAGCAGGAUCUGGUUACAUUGGCCGUUUCCUCACACUUCCCUCAACCCCCUCGAGUUGAGUCUGUGCUUCCCCCUUUAUGAAUGUUUGCAUAGUGAGAUUGGCAUGAAGUGGGCAUGAUGAGUCCCUCCCUGAAGACAGGUUCUCUGUAGAGUAAAUCUUCUCGAGGGGUUACAUUACUCUGUCCGUACGCUUUAUAGAUGGGCAUCUGGCAUGAAAAGCCCAUUUCCCGUCCCUUCCUUGGAGCCCUUUGGGACGCGCUGUGACUGCAGAGCUCGACACGUCUUUGCAGGUGGAGAAUUAGAAGUGAGCAACAUGCAGACGGCAACCAGCCAGUCACAUAACGCUGCUGCUGAUGGUGAUUUACAUUUGGCUGUAUUUUUCAGUGAACUUCUGUCAGCAGCAGGGCAGAGUGAAAAUAAUAGACCAUAUUUCAAAGAAGUCCUUUUGCUAAUUUACAGUCCUUGUUGACCAUUCAGGCUUUUUCCACACAGCACUCGCUCCAUCAUUUGUCAUUUUUACGACCUGUUAUACUCUAUUGACAGGAGUGUUUAAAUGUCAUUUGCCAGAUGUGAUGUGAAACUGUAGUGAGACUUCCACCUAGUGGCAGCUCCACACACACCCACAUGAGGAAUGUAUGACUUUAUGCUUCAUUUACGGUGAUUUUUCUGCUUUUUCUUGUGGAUCAUUUUUAGGAAGGGAAGAAGAAAUUUGAUAAGGAAACGGAGAAAUACUACUCCACGCUGGAGAGACACCUCAACCUGUCGUCCAAAAAGAAGGAAGCGUACCUGCAGGAGGUAAAAGCAGAACAAAUGUUCUUAUCCCCACCCGUCUUAAAAUAAUGCUCUUUUCUGGUCAGCUGACUCUCCUCUUUAGUAAAGCUCUUCUCUGUUUUUUAAGGUGUCGGUCUAAGCAUUAACUCUCUGCCCACACAUUGCUGACCCCGUUUGACCUCUGUCUUUGUUACGGCUCUGACCCCUGGUUUGUUUGCUCCUCCUCCUCAGGCCGACACGCAGAUUGAUAAGGAGAGGCAGCUCUUUUAUGACGCGUCCCUGGAGUAUGUUUUUAAAAUCCAAGAAGUGCAAGAAAAGAAGAAAUUUGAGUUUGUCGAGCCGGUAAGUGACGAACGAACCCUCUUUACAUAUUUCCACGCUGAGUUAUUGCUGAAUGCAGAUUGAAGAUCCGGUAAAUGCUUUUCUUUUUGACUAUGUAUAGAGUUGAAGUGGAGUUUAAAUGGCGCACACUCUAAAUGUUUGUACUUACGGUUAAUAAAAGUGGCUUUUUAAGUGUCUCUCGGCUCUUUUUUCCGAGCGAAGACACAAUAACAUAGUACAUUUCUCUCAGGUGUAUAUCUGUUCUUGUAUAUUCUACUUAUUUGUCAUCUGCUUCACAAAUUCUCCGCAAUAUUGUCGAUGCAUUUGGGGGAGGCAGUGGGUAAAAUUGGAUAAAGUGGUUGUUGUCAAACAAAACAAAGACAAAGUGCGAGCAUAAAUCCCAGCCCGUGUAAAAGCCUCCACCGUACAGAUAUGUGGAGUCAAUUCUAACAUCUUUAGAGAGAAGUUACCAGGAAACAUUAAGUUCUGUAGGUGUUAAAUGUCUGGGAACGUGAGCAGGGAGCAAAGCGGUUGUCUUAAAAGCCCCCGCUCCCCCUCAGCUUAUUUCCUCUGGCAGGUCACCCAGAACACAGGCCAGAAAUGCAAAUCUCCAGGCUCUAGGUGGAGGUGGGGAAAGUGACAGGGCUCAGCCUCGCCUGUGAUGAAUCUGGGCAUAGAUAAGAUGCCGCAGCCUUGAAUAUUUGACAUAGCGAGUCUCAUCUUGGUCUAAAAAUCAGUGGUUUCAUCUGAGGACUCGACUGAGAGGAACUGCAUGUUCUUAGGAUUCUGCAAAGUGGAGAAGGGAUCAGUUUUUUUUUUCCUCCCACAAUACUGUCUCUGCUUUUUCACAAUUUGUAAGGAUGUUUGUUUGUUAUACAGAAGUGAAAUCAAUAUGUGUCAGCCUCGGAGAACUCAAACUCUCUGAAACUUUCCACUUUGCUUUCCUCUCCUGCAGUAUUCAGAGCAUCAACAUGACAAAACCUCACUGUGUCAGAUUUGCUGCUUUAUUAUUUUGCAUAGUAACGGAGAAAACGGUGAUACAGUAUUCACAGCGAAAUGAUAGUUUGACUCCAGAAGUGGAUCUUCACAGGGUGUGAUUUUGGGAAUUAAAGCGAGUUCUUGUUAUCUCAUCAAUCAGCAGACUUGAUUCCCCAUGAGUUACAGACACCGAACGGUAAUUGUGUUGUUAAGAAAGUCAUUACGGCAUCUGCCUUUCAAAAUGGAGAUUGAAAGUUGCCGUGUUUCUUAUUAAAGUGUUAUCUCUAGUGUGAAUUUUAAUCACACUCUGCUGUAUUGUUGUUUUUACACUCAGUGAAUCAGCUGUGAAUAUUCUCCCUCUCCAGCUCCUGGCCUUUCUUCAGGGUUUGUUUACAUUCUACCACGAAGGAUACGAGCUGGCUCAUGAAUUCGAGCCGUACAAACAGCAGCUCCAGUUCAACCUACAGAACGUAAGUCUCUCUCCGCACCUCGGGGGUCGUGCACAAAGGCAACCGUCCUGGUAAUCAGAUUCUGCAGCUUAUCAUACCACGACAUAACAAGCUGAGUUUUCACAAAUGGAUAGCUGUGUGAUGAAAUGAGAUUCUUUGCAGCUCAGAGGAUCAAUAUUUUCAGAGUGUUGUGCUGCAGACAGACACUGCGGGCUAUUUAAUGGUAAUGUGUCAAAAAAGAGUUAGAGUUGGGAGUGAAGCUGCAGCUGCAACCGUGCCCCCUCCUUCCCUCGCCACUUGUCGCCUGAGGGUCCAAAUUUCUUUUUCUGACCCAGAAUGUCAGCAUCACUGCCCUGACAGCUCCCACUGCAUGACCCUUUUCUACAUGUCCUCGUAUGCAGGGAUCUCCAAGAGGAGGUGAGGCUCCCUCAGCUCCUUCCUGGGAAGAGAAAUGACACAAUCUUGUUUCCUUCUGGGAGUGAAAACAUCAAAAUCCCCGUCCUAAAUUUAGUUGAUAAUGAACUCAAAUUAUUUCCGAAUAGUUUCCAAGAAAUCCUUUUCCCACUGGGCCUCUUAAAACUGCCCGAAUGUGAAGCAUUUUUCAGCUGUUUGGCUUUUUCUUUAUUUGUUUUAGCUCUUUCCCUCUGCUGUGUUUUGGAAAUGGCAAAAGUGCUGAUGGUGAAGUUCGACUCUGGUGGUGAAAUUAUAAUCCAAUUUGUGAUUUCAGACACGGAAUAACUUUGUGAGCACGAAGCAGGAGGUGGAGAAGCUGAUGAAAAGGAUCAGAUCUGCAGAUCAGGACUAUAAACCUCCAGGCCAGUGGACGAUGGAAGGCUUCCUGUACGUCCAGGAGAAACGUGAGUCCUUCCAGCUGAGCUCCCAGGCAGACGGACCCCCCAGCCCUCUUUUAAAAGCCCGCUUUUCCAUCCAUCAUCAUAAACAUGUCUUGAGUUCUUCCAGGCCUCUGCAGAAAAGAUUCUCUCACACAAAACCCAUAAUUCAUCCUGUUUACAGAUUCACUUUGAUGUGCUCUCAAACAAGGGGGGAGAUACCCGAGUGGUAGAUUUUUAUCAGCUGCGAUAAACAACUUCUGAUUUAUCGCACUUUAAUUGCAAAUUGAUUUUCAGAAGUCUUUCCAGAAGCCCGGGAUUCAGAGAAAAAUAUUUUGGCUCAAACGCGACUUUGUUCUGUUUUUAUCCUGUCCCAGGUCCUCUGGGGUGCACUUGGACUCGUCACUACUGCACAUAUGAGAAAGGCAGCAAGACCUUCACCAUGAGCAACACGGAAAAUAAGUCAGCGGGGAAACAGGUAGUUCAGAUUAGCGGCACAAACAAAUGAUAAAAGCUGAAAAACACAGAGCAAGUUUAAUCCGUGUGUGAGUGAAACAAAGAGCUCCUUUGAGGUUUCCAGAAUUUCUCAGCCCAGGGGGGCAAAACGGGGAAAAAAGUCAAGAUGACAGAGAUGUGAUUUGGGCGCAGGAAACGAUAGACUUGUUUACUCAAGGCAGACCAAAAUGGUUCAAAGAUAACGAAAUCCACAAAUAACUGAAAGGGAUGAAAAUAACCGAAGUCGAAAAAGUUAGAGAUGUUUUUUUUUAAUAAACAACAAACUCUGAUAAAUUCACGUCUUGAUAACGGUACGGUGUGUAGGAUCUGAGCAGACUCUGUCAGAUCUAAAGUAUGUUGGUGUAUAAUUACCUGAAUGUAAGAGCUGCAGGUUUUCUCCCACAGAGGCCGUCAGGUUUUCUCUAUAGGGGAGUGAACCGACAGAUUAAAGCGUUCAUGUUUGUGAAUAAGAAUAGAAGAAAAGAGCGACUGUUGUGCUGCACAAUAUCACUUCUAUUCAUAGAUGUUUUUGAUGGUAAAUGUUGAUUCUCAGAGGUUCAUGUGUGGCUUUUUUAUACCUAUAUUUCUUUAAUGCUGUGUGGUUGUUUAUUAGCUUUAAUCAUGAAUUAAUUGAUUUUUCAAUGUUUUUAUCUUAGUGUAAAGUACUUCUGUAAUAAAUGUGCUUUUUGCAUUCACAGAAAAAAACAAAGCUCUGUUUUUCAGAUUAUUUUUUUUUUGUUUUGUUUUUUUCAUCUUCUUUCAUCCCCCUCGGCUCGAUUUAUUGGAAGCAAACAUGACUAACUUGUUUAGUUUAAUCAAGUUUUACUUUCUUUUGGGUUUGAGACUCUGAGAAAUACUCCUUUAAGUCAGAUCGAUGGAAUCGUCAUAAGUUUGUCUACUUUGUGCAGACACCUCAGGAUUAACUAAUAACAGGCUUUACUCUCAUCUUGAUUGAUUGAUUCUCAUAGGAUUUUGAAAUAUCUGUCUGAGUCGGGGAAAAAAAUAGUCUGAAAAGAGAGACGAAAAAAUUGUACAAAAAAACAAAAUAAAAAUUUGUCUGAAAAACAGAAAUAUGAGAAAAAAAUAUUUGAACAAACAACAGAAGAAAAAAAAUAGUCAGAAAAACAGCAAAAAAAAAAAAUACUCAAAAAAAGUUUCCUUUAUUUUUGUAAGUGAAUGCAGCACGCACGCUUCUGUAAAUAUUGAUAUUUUAUUGAACGUGUAUUCAUGGAUGUGUUUGUUUUUCGUAGAACGGACUCGUCCUGAACCAAGCGGAGAUGUUCAAGCUCAAGUCCUGCAUCCGGAGGAAAACCGACUCCAUCGACAAACGUUUCUGUUUUGAUAUCGAAGUGGUGGAGAGGUCUGUGUGGAUCGUCUUCAUGUCCCUCAAACUGUCCUUUGACUUACAAAGACUGAAAACAUAUAAAAAAAAAACCCUUAAGCACAUGAUAAUAUAAUUGAUAAAAGCAAAAAGAGACAGUUUUAGACUUCUAUUCACAAAUCUGCAUGUUUUGAGAUCUGAAAACAAGUGUCAUGACUUUAGUCUGAAAUUAUUUUGACACAGAAAUUGUUAAAUAUCUUGUUUUUCCAUUAUAUUAGGAGCUCUUUAUGCUCGAUUAGCAUCUUUAAGACCCCCUGUGUUUUUUAAGUCUGGGAUGUUUUCAGCUCUGUUUGUGUCCUGCAUGUUCCUCAAACCCUCUCCCUCCCCCCCAGCUCUCCUUUUGUUGAAUGUCCACAACAUCCACGUUUUACUCUAUUUUUGAACCCAUUCCGUCUUCUCUCUGUGUUCAUGUCGACGUAGAAAUGACAUCUGUCGUGGAACUCUUUUCAGACCGCUUCAGUUUUUCUGUAAAGUCCGGUAUGUGAACUGACCAGUGCUGCCCUCUCAGAGCAGUUGCAUGUGCUGCAUGUGUGCUGCUAACCGUCUCAUUCACUCAGUCUCAAAUCCAAGCCUUCUGCUGAUAUACUGUCGUCCUCUAACCUCUCCUCAGAAUCAGACGUCCUGUGGUCGAUACGGCCACGGGACUCAGUCAAAUUCUUCAAUCAUUUCUACUUGUAUCUGUAAUUACUGAUAAAUGUAACCACAAGAAUCACUUCAUCAUUUUGUCUCUCGUCAGAAGUUUGAAAUCUUUUAGCAGUAUGGGAUCAUUCAUUCCUGAUUUAUAUUUAAUGUUGCACUGGGGAAUAGAUUAAGGUAUUCACAGAGAUCAAACACCUUCAGGUUGGCUUCUCGCUGAUUAACAGAGGCUGAAAUGAUUCAGUUCUGUUUUAUGAGAGCUUGAUCUCGGCUCAUUAUUGUGCUGAUGUGUAUUUCAGAAUACAGAGUCGGCUCAUCACUGCGCAUUAUUGUCGCGCUGGGCCGGGAGGGCCAGCCCCGCUCGCGCUCCGCACGCCGAGUGUUGCUGAGCUCGGACAAAAUCUGCAGUUUAUUUGCAGGACAACUCAUUUAUCAUAAAGAGCGAGGCCCUAAGGUGCUUGUUCCAACCGCAAGGACGAUGAGGGCCGAGCUCCACUCACCUUAAAGCUCAUGCAUUCAUCCUCAUUAUCAUAAACAUGCUGUUUCUUAUAAAGCCCGGUCUGAAUCGGACCGACCGCCUCACAGCCUCGUAAAGGGCGGAUUCACUCAAAUAACUGCAGGGGGUUCAGCCAUGCAAAUACUUUUAUUUUGAUUGCCCAGGUUCUGAAACGACGUCUGCCUCAGGCUGAAUCUGGUCCUCGCAGCAGUGAAAAAUCUUCCCUAAAAGACCCAAAGUCAUAAAAGUGUUUAGAGCCCAGAAUUACAGGUUUAAUACGAGGAGAGUGAAACAAUUAGUGAUAUCCAAUCCUUUGCUCAUCCUUCCUGUUGUUGGAAUUCUAGAGGAGAUGGUGGCCUUCAAGGACAAAAAGGUUCUGACAAGUAUGAUCCUCUAUUCGUCCAAAUUUCACCUUAAAAAAUAAGAAUACGAAUAAGAGGAAUAAGAAGAACUUUAUUAAUCCCUGAAGAAAAAUUCAACUGUUAUCUGUUUUCUCACUUGACAUGUCUCUAAAAGUUAUUAAGUCUCCAUUUAGUUUGGGAAAUGUGCAAAAAGACAAGAUUGUUGAUGUUGUUGUUAAAUAGUUAAAAGUGAUUAACUAACAUCACAAUUAAACUCCUCCCUCCGCCGCAGCCUCUAGCUAAAAUCCAGCAAAAAAAGAAAACCUUGUCAAGUAAAUCUAAAACUAUCUGCAUGGCGAGAUACUCCAGCAAGUGAAGCUAAUCAAUUAUUUGGAGAAUAUUACUCAUGAAUAAGCAGAAAACAUGUAAGUUGACAUCGCUCCAUGCUAGUACUAACUAUCACCACUGAGUGGGUUUUAUAUUUGGCUCACUAGUAUCAUCACAUGGUGUUAUUAUCAUCGUAGGGUUAUGGAGGAACUAGGGCUGCACGAUUCUGGCCAAAAUUAAAAACCAGAUUUUUUUUUCUGUAAAAACUCGAUUUUCGAUUUUUUAUUCAGUGACAACUUCACCAAACUUCACUUUAAUACGUUUUUUUUUUUUAUAUCUAUAUGCCAAACCAGUAAGUGGCGCUGUAACGCUGAAGAAGAGUACAGAGCAUACGUAUAAAGGUUGUUUUGGUCGGACGCUGUGUGUCACAUGAUCGUUUCCAGAGAUACAGACAGACAUCCACACGGAGAUGAAACAGUAGUCGUUUACAGAUUUAUUCACUCUCUGACCUGUUUUCUAAAAGUACCGUUUACAGUCACCCGAAACGCCGAAAAACCUUUGCAUUUACUCCUGAAUUUGUUUCCGUUGUGGACAGGUUAAUACCGCUUCGUCCGAAAUCUCGAAGCCGUACCAAUUCCACACGACUGACUUGUGUGGACUCUUGUUCUAUUUAGCCACGAAAUUAUCGCCUUCUUUUGUCAAGGCCAUUGUUUGUUUACGCUGGUGUGUGUGGGAACUGGGGAGCGCUCCCACAGGCGGAGGAUGGUAGGGGAAGGUCCCGCCCUCCUUCGCCUCUGAUUGGCUAGAAGUGCUGGGCUCAGAUUGGUUAUUCCUUAUGGUUGUGAAACGUCAUCGUCUGUUGGGUUAGGAGAUCCAGAAUUGCGAUAAUGUUCUGUUUGACGCACAGAGCCCACAGCCCGCGCUAGGCUUGAGCAUGUGAUGACGUUUCCAGGUUUUCUAGCCAAUCAGAAGCGAAGGAGGCAGGACCUUCCCCUACCAUCCCACCAAAAAAAAAAUAUCGCCUCCCGCAGGAAGGGGGAACAUACGGCGCGAGACAUGGUAAAGAGGAAAAUCGAUUUGACGACUAUUUUUUUUAACAUCGUCAUAAUCAAAUAAAUUGAUUACGAUUUAAAAUCGAUGAAUCGUGCAGCCCUACAAGGUACAGUAGUAGUCUAUAGUAUCAACUGUAGAUAAGAGAUUCAGGCGAUGUGACAUGAAACACAAGUUCUGCGGUGCUGAACACAGAUGACAUGGUGUUUGCAUGUGGGGUGCAGGAAACCUGAUUCACUCUAAUAUUAAAGCACAUGUAGCGUUUAAUUGGGGGUGGAAUGUGAGGCAGCGAGCCAACCGAGGGCACGGUUUGAAGUCAAGCAUUUGCACAUGAGCUAUUUUAGUCACACUAGUCCUUUUAUAGUGGUAUCAGCCAGUGUAAACAUGGCCUGUCCAGGGGCCCCAAGGCAAUGAGAUCAGACUGAGACCAGCUUUUCUCUGAAAUCUUUCCAGGCAUGGCGUUAUGACACUGCAGGCACUGUCAGAGUCCAACAGAAGAUUGUGGCUGGAGGCGAUGGAUGGCAAGGAGCCGGUGAGGAACUUUGCCUGUUUGUCUUUGAAAUAUUCAUUUUUUCUGCUGGCUGCUGUUUGGCCAGGAGGUCUUUUACUUGACUGUUUGACAAGAAAACAACAGCACCGAAAGUGAAUUUUUGUUCACUGGCACCCUCUCUUGGCGGGUUCGGGUUGAGUCUUUUUAAGAAACUAUGACCUCACCACCCACUUGUGCUAAUAAUAGGACAGUUGGCUCUCAGCAUAUGAACUCUGGGGGAAAACAGUAAAGCAUAUAUUCUGUUCUCUUGGAGUUUAUUCAAUGUUAAGUCAACAGGCUCCUUAACUUGAUCGUUAUUUCCAAACUUUUCCCUCUCCAGAUUUACAACCUUCCAGCCGUACUGAGCAAAAAGGAAGAGAGUGAGUCCGACUUUUUCCUCCCUCCAUAAAUUUCAUUUGAUAAACAUACAUUCAACAACGUGUAAGCAUUAAAAUAAAACCCUCAGUACUCUCUGCUACUUGGAGCUAUCGAUGUUCAUUAACACAAUUACUUGACAUCCACCCACUCAGCUGACAUAGCAGGGCCUUCCAGCACAGGGGUUGUAUCUUAUUAGUCAGAGUCGAAGCAUAGGGAAUGCUUAUUAUUCCUGCAUGAUGCGUGGUUAACCCUGACGGUAAUUGACAUGUCAACUUUAUUCUCUUGUUGUAUUACAGCCUUUCUUAAUGAGGCAGGCUUUAACUUUGUGAGGAAAUGCAUUGACCUGGUGGAGAUGAGAGGUAGAGCCUUUUAAAAUCUUGCUUUCAUCUGUCAAAUGACUUGAACUCACCUCUGCCGUAUUAAUGAUCGACGACGGGCCUCGGCCAUUAGUUGACAUAAUCACACUUUUUAUUGAUGUUAGUUUUUAAUGAGCAGAAGAUCUUCAUACUGUCCUCUGUUGUUGUUGUUAAUGUGUUUAUCUACAAACAGGCAUCAAUACGAUGGGACUGUACCGGAUCGGAGGGGUCAACUCCAAAGUACAAAAGCUGAUGACCACCGUGUUUUGUGAGUGGAUUUAAAGUCUGAGAAAUACGUUCUCUGUGAUCAGUGUCCAAAGGGACUUCAUACUAUAGUUAUAAUCAAUAAUGUUUGUUUGAUUGAUGAAAUCCUCAGAAUAAAUAAGAUAUUGAAUUUUUUUAAUGAUAAAAAACUAUUUCUGUGUCACUUUUUGCGCUCUGGUCCUUAUUGGCUGACUUUGUCAUGUACAAUCGUGGUAAAAUAAGAGAUUUAGCUGAUGACCACCUUGUUUUGUGAGUUGAUUAAACAUCUGAAAAAUAUGUGAAUAACUACAUCUGUGGUCAGUGUCCAAAGUGACUUCAUAUUAUUGUUAUAAUUAGUAAUUAUGGCAGUUAUAAUCUGUCCCCUAAUAAUCCAUAACAAAUAAGAUAUUGUUGAUUUUUUUAACAAUUUUAUGAACAGUUAUAAGAACUAUUUACAUUCGGCAAACAUGUCUACGUUGUUAUUUGCAUGGUAUGAAAAAAUAAUUAUGAUCAAAUAAAAUAACAUCAAAUACAAGUGAAGAACAGUUCAAUAAAAUAAGGUUCGAGGGUGAACUAGGAUGCAUCCCGAUUCACCUCCGUAUAGACUUAUUUCCUUCUCCCAUAGAUGCCCUCCUACCUGGUCUCUCCUACGUCACGUACACACCAUAGAUUUUGUUGAAUUUUUUAAUAAUAAAUAACUAUGGUAUAACUCAUGGUCCAUCAUGGUAAAAGAAGAGGUUUAACUGAGAGUAGUGAAAGAGCUCCUCCUUGUGGUGUGGUGGUGAAACAGCAGCCUGGCCUCAUAACCCUUAACCAUUACUGUAUUAGAUGACCUGAAGUAAUCUGGUUUGUAUUUAUGACGUACAUUAGAGCAGGAACCACCUCAGCUUUAUCUGUAUAUGUGUGAAUUUAGUUUCUAUGAAUUAUUUUGCUCUUUUGCAUAUUUAUAUGUUAUAUAAUUUUAAUUUUAUGUGUACAGUGUAAAUCAAAGGGCCUGGUUGUCUGUCUACCUAUUAUGGUUGUACAAAUGCUGCUAUUGUGUGUUGUGUCUUUUUUUUUGUUAAACGUUUGUUGUGGAAUAAAUGCACUGGUAACACUUUACAAUAACUAUAACUUAUAAAUAGUAAAAUGACCAUUUAUUAAUGGUAAGCAGAUAGUUAAAUAAUGUGUAAUCAUCAUUUAUAAAUAACAUAUAGACCAUUAAUAAAUUGUACAUUUUACAAUUUUAAAAACCUAAACUUAACCUUAAUCCUAAGUUUACAAUAACCAUAAUGUUUAUACAUGGUUUAAAAACCAAAUAUUAACACAUUUACAAAGUGCUACUGACACAUUAUAAUCUAGAUGUUUUACAACCAAUAUUUAAACCCUAUAUAAACCUUUAAUGAAUAGUCCUUUAAUAAUUAUUGAAAAUUAUCAAUCAUAAUUUUAUUGUUAAUGGUAAGGUAACUGUUAACUUGCAUUAAUAAACUAUUCAUUUGCUAUGUAUAAUUUGUCUAUAUGCUGUUUUUAAAUGAUGAUUAAACAUUAUUUAACUAUCUGUUUACCAUUUAUAAAUUAUGGUUAUUGUAAAGUGUUACCAAUGCACUUUAAAAUAAAGCAUAUAUCUCUCUCUUUCUCUCUCUCUGUAACAGUCUAGUUUUAACCCUCUUUUCAGGUCAUGUCAGGUUGUGUUGUUGCUUUUUUUUUCCAGCAUCGUUGUGAUAUAACAAGAAAAUGUGUUUCCAACAGCGUCCAAAGCACCAGUGCAUAUGGACCUGGACCCGGAGACGUGGGACAACAAAACCAUCACCAGCGGUCUGAAGAAUUACCUCAGGUCAGCUCGCCCCACCAGCUGUGUCUUAAGCUGUCAGGACUCAUCAUUACCUCCAUUAUAUCUCUUGGAAACCUCUGUCGUGUUAGUCAUGCGUUCAGCGCUGCUGCUGACUGGAUUCAAAAAAGAGCCGAGUCACUCAGGAAACAAAUGACAGCUGCUCUCUCUAUUCACCAGGUGUCUGUCUGAGCCUCUCAUGACCUUCAAGCUGCACAAAGAUUUUAUCAUGGCUGUCAGUAAGUGCAGAAAAAUUACAGCUUUGAUAAUAUGUGUGUUUUUUAAUAAACUAUUACUUAUCAAACGUUAAUUUGCUCUUGAUUAUUUCUUAUCCUUUCACUUCCUGUCUGUUUAAAUGUUCACCCCCUCUUCAGAAUCAGACGACCAGAACUACAGGGUGUGUGCCGUCCACGCUUUGGUCCAUAAGCUGCCUGAGAGGAACAAAGAAAUGCUGGAGCUGCUAAUAAAACACCUCGUCACGUACGUGUUUCCGUAAUGAAUCAGUGACACCGGCACAGAUUAAAAAAAAGAGCAGCAUUUCAGAGGAGAUAAAAAUUUCUGUGACUGAUUAAAUUGUGUUCACAGUUCAGGGAGAAUUAAUGUAUUUGGAGGUGCCUCUAAAACCGUCACUCUAAGGAGUUAUGGGUCUUAUUGGAAGUGUAACGCAGGUGUCCUCUACCUGCAGAGUUUCUGCACAAAACCAGUCCAACCUGAUGACGGUGUCCAACCUGGGGGUCAUCUUCGGGCCCACCCUCAUGCGCUCACAGGAGGAGACUGUAGCCGCCAUGAUGAACAUCAAGUUUCAGAACAUUGUGGUGGAAAUACUCAUCGAGAACUUCAACAAGGUGAGUGCAGGAUGCUCCUGCAGUUCAAAACGCCACUCUAUAGCCACAAAUAAUGCUCAGAACAGCACCUAACUUCAUCAACAGGACAUAUAGGGUCACAGACAUAGUACUAGACACCAAACAUCUUUUUAACUUUGACUAAUUUCUUUAGCAAAGAGACUAAACACAACUCACCUACUCUCUUCCAGCAGCCGCUUGUUUGUAGUGAGAUCUCAAUCUAGUCCAUUACGGACUACAGUGGGGUGCCGCAGCUCAAGGAAGAACAUUUAUGAUAAUUUCUUUAUCAUUUCCUUGAAGUAAUAAUCACCAUAUUAAUCAUUUUGCUCUGCAGACGCGGUAGUUCUUCUGCCUUAGCGUCUCAGUCUGAUUGUAUUUCCAUAAAGAAAUGAUCAUAAAUGUUCUUCCUUGAGCUGCGAAACCCCACUGUAGUCUGUAAUGGACUGGUCAAGGUCUCACUACAAACAAGCAGCUGCUGGAAGAGAGUAGGUGAGUUGUGUUUAGUCUCUUCGCUAAAGAAAUUUGACAAAGUUAGGCAAUGUUUGGUGGCUAGUACUGUGGCUGGGACCCUCUGCAACAUUCAUAUUCGGUGUUAUAGUGUGUUUGACCCUAAAUUAAUUUCACACCAGAACAUCCCUUUAAAGGUUUCUAUUCGCGACAGUCUCACAUUAUCAGGUUACAAAUAUUUGUGAGGAAUAAACAGGUUGUUAUUGUUUCCCCUCUGGACCCUUCAGAUCUUUCACCAGCCUCCAGAUCCCAACGUCCCCCUGCCCCAACCCCAGCCCCGGCCCGGUCCUCGAAGGAGCCGGGCCAUCUGUCUGUCCGCGGGGCCCAGGAAGCCCCGCAGCCUCUACACGCCAACACUGUGCCUGGCAGAUGCAGAAAGUGAGUUUCACAGCAGUGAUUACCGCCGCAGGUCAUCACGCCACAAUUUCCUCAACCUGUAGGCGGCCUUUAAUAUCCAUCACAACAUGUGCUCAGUACGCCGACUCGCUGCUUUUCAGAGAGAUGUGACUUUGCUUACAGUUAAUGAUCUUUCAGAUCGUCUCCGUCUUGGCGUUGAUUCUGUCAGUCAGCAGGUUUUAAUGAGGGCCUCGUGUGCCUCUUCUCUGGUCCCUGCAUAGGUGACACGUUCAGCAGCAGUCCGGGCAGCACCCCCAUGGGCAGCAUGGAGUCAUUGUCCUCCCACUCCUCCGAGCAGAACAACUCGUCCAAAACAGCUUCCUCCGCUCAGGUCAAGGACAAGUCGCUCCUGGACCUCCGCCGAACGCCGUCGCAGCUCUCGAACGGCCCCAGGAGCGCCGUGUGUGUCAGCAGCCCGGAGUCCAGCUCCAGGGAAGAUGCGGGGCGUACAGAUGGAGAGUCAGAGGAUGCUCUCAGCCUGUCCUCUGUGAGCACCGCACCCAGGCUGUCUCCUGCCCCUAAAAAAGCCCCCCACUGUCGCACUGACCUCAGGCCGCCGGCGUUCCUGAACCGCUCAGCUGCUCCUUCUUUGAGAUCCCUGCAUAUAUCUGAAGGUUAGAGGAUCAUGAAGUAAACCUGUCUGUUAUUAGUUUGUUGAUUUUGUCUCCCUGCCUGUAAUGAAGUGGAAAUAAACCUCAUGAAUAUGUCAUUUUCAGGACAGAAUUCAUAAAGCGGGUGGUUUUGUUGUCGCAACUUAUUCCUCCAGGACUCGAUAGAUUCAGAGAUGAAAGAAAACCCCCUAGACUGAAGCACAACACAAACAGCAGCGCUAAAAGAUUAUUUAUGAGGCUCAUUUCUCGAGUCACUUGGCACAUACAGCUGAGCUGUUUGAGUAAUAAACUUUAGUAUCUUUGUGUCAUUUACACAGACAGGAGUUAUUAUGUGUAUGUCUCCCUCCAGGCCGCAGAAGCUGCUCUGGAUCCGUCCACAGUCUGUCAACACUGGAGCCCAAAGAGAGCCUGAAGCCCGCUGAGCACCCGGACCUGCCGCCAAAACAAGUGAUCCGCCGCAGGAUGGACACCUCAGCCAGCAACGGCUACCAGAGACCUGGAUCAGUGUAAAGACCGUCCUCCAGACCUUCCCCUUGAAUAAUUGGCGUAUAAUUAACAUAAUCCUAAUAAUGCAUGUGAAUUAUCCAUUGAAACUGGAGGAACUGGACAUGAGCUUCAAACACGAUCAGUUUUAUGUCUCUGUAAAGUCAUAUAUUCGUCAAAGUAAACAUGUGAUUGAAGCUCUUAGGGGUAUUUUUCACUCAUUUGAGCGAAUAAGUCUUCAGGACAAUAGUUCAGCAACCUUCUGCUCAGUCUUCCUCCCUCUCUCUGAGUCAUCUCCUCCUCCUCCUCCUCCUCCUUCGCCUGUGUAUGAGCGCUGAGCAGUGAGAGGUCUCUGAAAUCAGAUGAGUAUGUGUGAGUAGAUUUAUGUCUUUUCCUCUCUGGUGGGAGAGCCGGCUUUAAUUGCGCUCAGCCUGCUCCGGGGUUGAUGUGACCCAGCAGCAGUCUGCGCUCGCUCUCUCUCGGGACAAAUAGAUUGUUUGACUUGUCAUGUCUGAGGGCCCAGUCACACGGUCUCGCAAGUAGUUUCCUUGUAUAGCACCCAGUCCGCCCCGGGCUCCGUUGUCCCCUUGACUCUGAGGUUGUUGUGUGCAGGGUCAAGUGUAACCUUGUUAUGGAGUUUAACUCGAUUCAGUACCAUACUGGAGCCGUGUCCGCCCGGAGGAAGGAAACCUCCCGUAUUGUGCCGUAAUGUAUUUCACGGCGUCUUAAACAAUGGGGAUCGCCGGCGAGGUCAAGAGAAAGUGAACAGAGCGGUUGUUGUCUCGAUUAAGUCUCGAAUUUCCCCCCCUGCUGAUUUAUAGAUGCUGAUGAUGAGUCAAAUUGGAAAAGAUGAGCGUGUUUUAUUCUGAUCCGUCUGCAGGUUACGUCACUGACUGAGCUCUCGUUUUUUCCACCGUUUAUUUUAUCCACGAUAUGAUCCAGUGCGGUGAACUCUUGUCCCCGUAUCGUUUCAGGGUCGCUGCCAGAGCUCUGCUGUUUGAGAACGCCUCUCCCCAGCAGCCUGUUCCAGUCGGAAGGUGUUGUAAAACAUGUCACAUCCUGCAACAGCUUUACCCCAUUAAUCCAACUCUCAUCUCCUCAGACCAGCCAAGUCAUCGCCUGCUCUGUUUUCUUUAUAGAGAUGCCAAAGCCAUGUAUUCGUGUGAGGCGGAGCACAGCCACGAGCUCAGCUUCCCCCAGGGGGCACACUUCUCAAACGGUGAGCAAAGCCAACACAAGACAGACACUGUUUGCUUCACUUGACAGAUACUUUGCUGCACACGUCCUUUUAACAGCAUAUGCUCCUGAUUGGACGUUUGAGAAGUGAACACAGGCGGUGUGGUGUGUCCUGGAAGCACACAGAGCAGACUUGGAUAAUUACCAAUGUAAUGUUGAGGCAUAAAACAAUUUCGCUCUUGGCAUAACACCCCCAUAUGCACCGCCUGAAUCCAAACAGCCCCAGGAUUUUUAUUGCCUCUUGCCUUUUCCACGGAGAGCUGACUUGGCCCUGAACCAGCGCAGACAGGUCACAGUAACCUGGUGAUGGAAGGCACCAGCGCUUGUGAACGCAGCCAGCAGAGCCAGCAGCCAAAUACAAAAACGUCAACAAACGCUCCCCUUCACUCACCAGCUGACAGAGCUCUUUUAUUACCGUCUACUUUCACAUUAACAGGCUGUUUUCUCUACGUUUGUAAUCACUGCUCCUCUGGCAGAUUGUUCAGCUGAUUGUUUUUACUGUUCCCCUCAGUCUUGGUGCAUCUGAGCCAUGAUCAAUCACAUAGUUUUAUUUUGGUUUAUACUGCACGUAUGUGAUAAACCGGAGCGAUUCUGCUUUCAAGUCUGCUAAAAUACUCCACAGGGAUUUAGUUAAAAGAGCAGCCUGACCCACAGUCUUCCUCCAUCUGCAGUAAAUGUUUAUUUUUCCUGCUAAUAGCUUUUUUCUUUCCUUUUUUCUUCUGCUGUUUGCCAAGUCUGGGAACUAACAUAGCCAAUCGCUGUCCAAUCAGGUUUCAUUUUACUGAAUGAGGCUCUGGUUGAGUUUAUCUGUCCUCUUUUUUGUCUUCCAGUCUACCCCUCUGUUGAACCGGGCUGGCUCCAAGCAACAUACGAGGGAAGAACAGGUUUAAUCCCUGAGAAUUAUGUUGUCUUCCUGUAACCAGCUGGUAAACAUUGCAUCUUUUUCAUGGUAUCCAUGGAAACAUAAUGCACAAUGGUGACUGUGGUGGUUCUGUUUAGCUUCUUGCUGUUAUUUCUAUGAAGCAGGACAGAAGCUGCUCUAUCACUGCUGAAAGUCCAAAGUUUGUAAGUUUACCUCCUGAACUGUUAACGGUUUUAAUGUCAAUCUUCUGGGAAUCAUCCAGAAGAAAAAGAGAAUAAUUUUAAAUGUUCUGUAAAUAUAUCUUCUUUAACUGCACUGAGAUUUAGGGUUGGGUACCGAGGAGGUUCCUAACGUCUGGUUCCGGGAUCAUUACGCAGAUUUUUGAAUUUCGAUUCCGAGUGCCUGCACUAGUUUGUUAUCAGAGCGUGUAUUACUAUCCUCGGCGUUCUCUGUGCAUCCCAUAGACUGUCUAUACUGUGGACGACUUGGUUCUGCCUUCUGCCAGUAUAUGGAUUUGAAGCCAAAAAGCUCUCGGUAAUUCUGCGUAUUUUCUCCAUUUCCAACAUUGCGCAGUAGCGUUGUACGCAUUCAGUGGGAGAGUUGCCGAGAGUCACUGUGAUGACACUCGGCUCAAACAGCGUAUCCCCUUGUGAGCUACACAAUCUUUGUACACCCAUAGGCUGUAUCAAGUGUCAAUCAUAGAAAACAUGAACCCCUAAUAACUUUUAAAAACGGAGCUUCACAGAAGAAAAGAGGACUUGAACACAAACCAGUCUGACAGGAACUACAUGUCAACAUCACAACCAGGAAGGAGAAACAUUUAUAUUCUGUCAGUAAUGUCUAAAGUUUGUCCACAGCUCCAUAAGCUUUGCUGGAGGAGGCGGGAUUUAUGACCUAUACUGCAGCCCGUCACCAGAGGGUGCUGUUCUCGGAGUGACUUCACCCAGCAAGGGGGCAGACAGCGUCCAUUCUAUAUACAGUCUAUGGUGCAUCCACUAGCUUUUUUUUUUCGUUUGCUAGCAAGAACAUCAGUCGUCUGAACCUGGACCACAAAAAUCACUCCAAAGUCUGGCUUCAUUUUGAUUUGAAAGAGGAGGACGGAGUAGCACAGAGCAACAUCUGCGAAAAAACGAUUUCUGCCAAAAUGAGGAUUCACAAACAACAUGAUUAAAUAACCACCUCUGGAUUCAUGGAGUCAAAAUAACGCAGUGCCCCGUCUUUGAUGCACUACAUCAGUCUUCCUCUAACCAGUCGGAAUCAGAUAAGUGAAACAAGAAAUUACGUCUGUCUUCUGCUAACAUUAAAGCGGUAAACAAAUUGAUCCUACUGAGCAUUUUUUGGUCUAAAAGAGGUCUAAUAGAAGUCUAAAUGUAGCCUAGACAACUGAUCUAAAAUCAGACUACCACAGGUCUAAAAAUUAAAGUUUUUUAGACGUCUAAGUUUAGACCAAGUCUAAAUCUGGGCUAUAUCUAUAUUACACUGUAUGUUACUCAACAACUAUCAUAUUUUUUUUGGUGAAGUACUUGGAGAUAAGUUAUGUAACUCACAGUUGCUUUUUGAAAUAAAUAGUUAUCGAAUAAUGCGUUAAAGUGCAACGUCUAAAUUCAGUCUAAAAAUAUACAGAAUCUAGAUGGUUGAAAUUAGGUCUAAAAAAAAAACUACAUGUCUAAUAGCCGUCUGUUGCUCAGUGGGAUCGGUCAAAUUAAAUAUCCAGCUAACGUCAGCCCGCGUUCUUUUUCAUAGACAAACGACCUGAAAACAAAGAUUGAUGUUUAAAUAUUGGUUGAAAAUAAACCAGUGUGAAAUUUAAAGUAAAGUUCAUAUCGCUUAAAAAUUCAUGGAGAAGUUCAGACGUUUCACCCAAAAGAACUCUGGUUAGAGUUAUCAACCAUCGAAGCAUCAUCAACCAGAAGAAUCGGAAUAAAGAAUUCCAGAAUCGGAACAGGAAUCGUUCGAAUUGAAUCGAUGCCCAACCCUGCUGAUAUUUGAAGUCACAGUAUUCGACCUCAGAAUCACAGAAAGAAUCACAUCAUGUUUCACAAGAUUUAUUGUCAGUAAUAUAUUACUUUUUAACUUCCCAGUGUAUCAGUAUAACCCUUUCAUUGAGUUGCUAAUGGACGGUCGCAGCUCCACAGACUCCUGUGUGAACUGUAACUGAACAAACUGUGAGUAUAAAUAAGGAUAGAGUGUAGUCGGCUAGAAUAAAGAAGCAUAAUGGUUUGCACCUUAACUUUCAUGUUCCUGUGAACGUCGUUCAUCCACUGAACCUGCUCACGUCUGCUGUGCACUUUCUGUUUAGCUACAUGGUACUGUAAAAUGUAGAUUACUGCUCCUAAUCCAGAAUAUUUACCUCUUACUGUAAAUGAUCACAACUUAAAAUAUAUAAAUUCUGUAUGUAAAACGUCUUUUUUAUAUAUAUAAUGCUUUGAAUGUCUGUGAGGUGUGCUUUGUUGUGAUACUGUACGCACUGGUGCACUGGUGUACCAGUAACAACAGCCAGACGUGUAUCUGAGUGUAUCCUGUAAUAUGUAGUUUUCUAUUAUGGUCACAACAUUUCAAAACUUAGUGACACUUUUUCAGCAGAGAAAAAAAGAAAAUAAGGAGAAACGCUUUGAUUCUGGAGUUAUUACAAAUUAAAAGUUUGAUAUCAAAGUCAAACUUUCUCUUAUUUGGGAGGUUAUUUUAGAUUUUUCUCUUCCUGCCAAGAUCAGGUUGUUCUUUUCCAUCUACAUUUUUAAAAAUCCACGGUGGCCUUGAACAUUGAUGGUGAGAUAACACUCCCUUACAGUCUGAAUGUGCUUAUCCAGGAAAUGAUAUCCUGACUAUGUAACAUUUGGCAGCCUGCUUUAAUGGUUAGCUUGUUUCCUUGCAAUCACUUACUGUCUCCAGACAGUGCAGAAACAUGUCUAUUAAUAAACAGCGUGAUUUAUUAGA